AUGUCCUCCGGAGAUCUGCUCUAUAGAACUGAACACAAUAGUCUAGGUGAGAUCUUACCGGGGAUCUAUAAAGUACUAUCACUACCUCUCUAUGUCCUCCUGGGAUCUGCUCUAUAGAACUGGACACAAUACUCUAGGUGAGAUCUUACCGGGAUCUAUAAAGUGCUAUCACUACCUCUCUAUGUCCUCCUGGGAUCUGCUCUAUAGAACUGAACACAAUACUCUAGGUGAGAUCUUACCAGGAUCUAUAAAGUACUAUCACUACCUCUCUAUGUCCUCCUGGGAUCUGCUCUAUAGAACUGAACACAAUACUCUAGGUGAGAUCUUACCAGGAUCUAUAAAGUACUAUCACUACCUCUCUAUGUCCUCAUGGGAUCUGCUCUAUAGAACUGAACACAAUACUUUACUGACAAUUUUGCUUGUUCUUCUCUAAACAUUAUUCCCAUCCAAAUCAGACCCCGUAGUGUUGAAUCCCUGGUGUCUGCUUUGUGUCAGGCAUUGCACUAGAAAUACUAUCUCGGGAGUGACUGGGCUUAGAUCCAGGAGUCUGAGAAUGCUAUGGACUAGCCUGCGUCCCAUCUGCUUCUCCUCACUGUCACUGCGUCACCAGGCACCGGCACGCUUGUGCUUAGCGUGGGUGUAAAAGACUUUGUAAGCAGGUCAUCUUGUAAGAAACAAUUUUCAGCAGCGGCAGUCCGGGAAAGGGAGAGGCUCACCAGGGAUGCUGGUGGGCUGACGAGCCUGUCGCUCUGAUGUGUUGAGAAAUGUCAUGUUAGAGAAUUGCAACAUUUGUCUAUUUUUUGUGGCCCUUGGAGGAAAUGUUUUUUUAAUUCCCUCAUUCUUCUACAGUAAUUCAGUAAACUAACAGUAUCCUGUCAGACAGAACACACACGUUACAUGUUAUAAGAUCAGACUGUAAUAUCUGACUGAUCGCCUUUUCAAGUACCGUGACAUUGCACUGUACAGGGCCACUAAUCUCAGGGUUACAUAGGGAGACAAGUCCAAGCCUACCUGAGAUUAGAUGGAGGUACCUACAUGGGAGCCAUUAACUCAGUCCCUCUCCCAUUACUGAUAUGACAAGACAGCUUGAGAACACUCAUGUCAAUGACGUUAUAAUGGGGGCACAGGCAUCCGGUGCCAUCUUGCAUUGUGGAGACUAGCAGGGACCCAGGUCAGAGGGCAAACCUUGCAAUAUGGUCGGGGUACUCCAUGCAUCAUAACCUUUACAGCAGGCUGGUGUGCGUAUAAUGCUUGGGGUAUGGGGUUGUUAUGGGGUGAGCCUGUUCCCUUAAAGAUAAAGUCUGGGACUGUAAUUCCCAUCAGUCGAGGACAUGAAUGAUUAAAAUACCCGGACCCCAAAUGUAGCCCUAACCCAAGCACAAACUAGCACCCUAAGCAAAUCUACCUCUUGUGUUUACAGUCCUCUGCCCUCUGCUGUGCCAGAAUGGGGGUGUCUGUCUGAAGAAGGACCAGUGCUUGUGUCCUCCAAAUUUCACAGGAAAAUUUUGCCAGAUCCCAAUAUCUUCUGGAGCACCCAUAGCUUCCUUAGUCCAGGUUAAUAGCAGCGGAGAACAGAACACAAAGACCAAAUCCGUCUACACACUUCCACUGUCCAACCAUAAACCAGAGAAAGAUGGUAUGUUUUACACAGCCAGUGGGGUAAGCUAAAUAGUGUUUGUGUCUCUGAAUCUAUCUGUCUGUCUGUCUAUCUCUCUCGACCCAUCUCUACCUUUUUCUGUCCUUUUCCAUGCAGUGAGUAUUUUUAUCUCUCUCUUAUGGUAAUGUGAUUAUAAUUUAUCUAGCCUAGAUCUUGUCCUUUUUCUUUGCAGGAGUAGCUUCACUUGUGAAUGUUCUUGUAGAGCACCCUCCAGAGGCCUCUGUAAACAUUCACCAGGUAGAGCGGGUAGACGGACGUGGGGAGCGGAAAGAUGGUGGACGCCAGGACAUCUCUCAGAAUACAGUUCAUCAGGCAGGUCGAGUACCAGUAUACAGAAUCCAGGCACAGAGCAGUCCCAGAAUCAAUGGUUACACAGAGAACUCAGGCUAUGGAUACUGCUUCCGCCGUCUGGAGAAUGGACAGGUAUAAAUACAUUUGUACUUGCCUCUGACUAUCCUGUUUUUCCCUUGAAGGGUUAAUAACAGCAAUUUGUGACGUUGUGGUGUAGUUUGAAGCUUUAAUGUGAAGAUUGCUGUCAUUCCUUUCCUUAGACGUCCACACACCUUCAAUCUUUUCACUCCCUCUUCCCAGUCUGCACCUUAUUUUAUUGAUACCACUACUACGCUGUGUCUUACCCUCUCAAACCAUCACCCAUUCUACCCUCCCAUCCAUUCUGCCCUCCCAACCUCUCAUCCAUUCUGCCCUCCCAAGUCAUCACCCAUUCUACCCUCCCAACCAUUCUGCCCUCCCAACCUCUCAUCCAUUCUACACUCCCAACCUCUCAUCCAUUACCACUCUCCCAUUCUGUACAUUAUCUGUCCAGUUCACAUCCCCUCUCCCAUUCUGUACAUUAUUUGUCCAGUUCACAUUCUCUCUCCCAUUCAGCACAUUAUCUGUCCAGUUCACAUCCUCUCCCAUUCUGUACAUUAUCUGUCUAGUUCACAUUCCCUCUCCCAUUCUGUACAUUAUCUGCCCAGUUCACAUUCCCUCUCCCAUUCAGCACAUUAUCUGUCCAGUUCACAUCCCCUCUCCCAUUCUGUACAUUAUCUGUCCAGCUCACAUUCCCUCUCCCAUUCUGUACAUUAUCUGUCCAGUUCACAUUCCCUCUCCCAUUCAGCACAUUAUCUGUCCAGUUCACAUCCCCUCUCCCAUUCUGUACAUUAUCUGUCCAGCUCACAUUCCCUCUCCCAUUCUGUACAUUAUCUGUCCAGUUCACAUUCCCUCUCCCAUUCAGCACAUUAUCUGUCCAGUUCACAUCCCCUCUCCCAUUCUGUACAUUAUCUGUCCAGCUCACAUUCCCUCUCCCAUUCUGUACAUUAUCUGUCCAGUUCACAUUCCCUCUCCCAUUCAGCACAUUAUCUGUCCAGUUCACAUCCCCUCUCCCAUUCUGUACAUUAUCUGUCCAGCUCACAUUCCCUCUCCCAUUCUGUACAUUAUCUGUCCAGUUCACAUCCCUCUCCCAUUCUGUACAUUAUCUGUCCAGUUCACAUUCCCUCUCCCAUUCAGCACUUUAUCUCCAUUUAUUAAAUUAACGAUAAACAAAAAAUUACCACCCAUCUCAAAAAGAGAAGUUUAGCAUCUUCCCCUAACGGAAAUGACUCAUCUAUAAUUAAGUGGCAAGCUUGUAUAUAAUGGAGAGAGAUUUAUAUCCAAGAAAUGACAGAAUCUCCUUUUGGGAUCUCAUCAAAGAACCGUUCUUCCUCGACUUCCAAUUAUUUUGGGUAUUCAGUUUGACGGCAGAUUAAGACCCUUAAGAAAAUACAUAAAUGAGUCGACUUAAAUGACACCAGGUUUGAAUGUAUCCCUUUGGGACUGAACUCAAUCUAGUGCAUGAGUUAUGUCAUCGUCAGUCAGACUGCCAGAACACCUGCUUUCUCAUGAUUUAAAUGUUUGUUUGGAUCCUAGUGUGCCUCCCCAUUCCCUGGCCUUAGGACCCAGGAGGUCUGCUGCAAGGGAAAUGGAGUGGCCUGGGGGGUCCUUGACUGCACACCCUGUGCCGGGUACCAAGGUAAGUUAACUGUCUCUGUACCUGUCUGUAAAAUUAAGCCUUAUCAGAGUUUUGUUUAACUAUCAGAUAAAAGUAAAGGACGACCCUGCCUCAUUGAUCUAACAAACAGUCAAUAUGACACGUCAAAAAUGUGAUAAUACAUUAUAUAUACAUAUAUGAUACAUGUGGCUGUGGGGCAUGGGGGUAAAUCUACUGUUUGGGUACACCUGACUUAGGCGUAUGGGGGAAUGUCUGAUUAUGGCCUCAAUUUAAUAUUUUUUAAUAUGCUUUUUAAACGAUUUAAUAUAUAUGGAUAAACUUUGAAACAUUUUAAUAUUUUUUUCAAAAUAUUAAAAUAUAAAAUAUAUCAUCUAAAAAAACCAAUAUCAAUAAUAAUAAAACAAUAUCAAAAUAAUAAAUCAUUUUAAAAGUAGGUUUAUCCAAAAACAUUAAAUCAUUUUAUGGGUUUGACGUCCACUUGCUGUAAGGUACAGAAUGAAGGUUGAUCUAUUUAGAACAACGUUUUCUCAAUUGUAAUGUGCAAUACUUCUCAGCUUGAUAACGUUUUUGUAGUAGUGUGCAGUGAUUCUCAGCUUGAUAACGUUUUUGUAGUAGUGUGCACUGAUUCACAGCUUGAUAACGUUUUUGUAGCAGUGUGCAAUGAAUCUCCGCUUCAUAACGUUUUUGUAGUAGUGUGCAAUGAUUCUCAGCUUGAUAACGUUUUUGUAGUAGUGUGCACUGAUUCACAGCUUGAUAACGUUUUUGUAGUAGUGUACAAUGAUUCUCAGCUUGAUAACGUUUUUGUAGUAGUGUGCAGUGAUUCACAGCUUGAUAACGUUUUUGUAGUAGUGUGCAAUGAUUCUCAGCUUGAUAACGUUUUUGUAGUAGUGUGCAGUGAUUCACAGCUUGAUAACGUUUUUGUAGUAGUGUGCAGUGAUUCUCAGCUUGAUAACGUUUUUGUAGUAGUGUGCAGUGAUUCUCAGCUUGAUAACGUUUUUGUAGUAGUGUGCAGUGAUUCUCAGCUUGAUAACGUUUUUGUAGUAGUGUGCAAUGAUUCUCAGCUUGAUAACGUUUUUGUAGUAGUGUGCAGUGAUUCACAGCUUGAUAACGUUUUUGUAGCAGUGUGCAAUGAAUCUCCGCUUCAUAACGUUUUUGUAGUAGUGUGCAGUGAUUCUCAGCUUGAUAACGUUUUUGUAGUAGUGUGCAAUGAUUCUCAGCUUGAUAACGUUUUUGUAGUAGUGUGCAGUGAUUCACAGCUUGAUAACGUUUUUGUAGUAGUGUGCAGUGAUUCUCAGCUUGAUAACGUUUUUGUAGUAGUGUGCAGUGAUUCUCAGCUUGAUAACGUUUUUGUAGUAGUGUGCAAUGAUUCUCAGCUUGAUAACGUGUUUGUAGUAGUGUGCAGUGAUUCUCAGCUUGAUAACGUUUUUGUAGUAGUGUGCAAUGAUUCUCAGCUUGAUAACGUUUUUGUAGUAGUGUGCAGUGAUUCUCAGCUUGAUAACGUUUUUGUAGUAGUGUGCAAUAAUUCACAGCUUGAUAACGUUUUUGUAGUAGUGUGCAAUAAUUCACAGCUUGAUAACGUUUUUGUAGUAGUGUGCAGUGAUUCACAGCUUGAUAACGUUUUUGUAGCAGUGUGCAAUGAAUCUCCGCUUCAUAACGUUUUUGUAGUAGUGUGCAGUGAUUCUCAGCUUGAUAACGUUUUUGUAGUAGUGUACAAUGAUUCUCAGCUUGAUAACGUUUUUGUAGUAGUGUGCAGUGAUUCACAGCUUGAUAACGUUUUUGUAGUAGUGUGCAAUGAUUCUCAGCUUGAUAACGUUUUGUAGUAGUGUACAAUGAUCUCAGCUUGAUAACGUUUUGUAGUAGUGUGCAGUGAUUCUCAGCUUGAUAACGUUUUUGUAGUAGUGUGCAAUGAUUCUCAGCUUGAUAACGUUUUUGUAGUAGUGUGCUCACAGCUUGAUAACGUUUUUGUAGUAGUGUGCAGUGAUUCACAGCUUGAUAACGUUUUUGUAGCAGUGUGCAAUGAUUCCGCUUCAUAACGUUUUUGUAGUAGUGUGCAAUGAUUCUCAGCUUGAUAACGUUUUUGUAGUAGUGUGCAGUGAUUCUCAGCUUGAUAACGUUUUUGUAGUAGUGUUCAAUGAUUCUCAGCUUGAUAACGUUUUUGUAGUAGUGUGCAAUGAUUCACAGCUUGAUAACGUUUUUGUAGUAGUGUGCAUGAUUCUCAGCUUGAUAACGUUUUUGUAGUAGUGUGCAAUGAUUCUCAGCUUGAUAACGUUUUUGUAGUAGUGUGCAAUGAAUCUCCGCUUCAUAACAUUUUUGUAGUAGUGUGCAGUGAUUCCCAGCUUGAUAACGUUUUUGUAGUAGUGUACAAUGAAUCUCAGCUUGAUAACGUUUUGUAGUAGUGUACAAUGAUUCUCAGCUUGAUAACGUUUUGUAGUAGUGUACAAUGAAUCUCAGCUUGAUAACGUUUUGUAGUAGUGUACAAUGAUUCUCAGCUUGAUAACGUUUUUGUAGUAGUGUGCAGUGAUUCUCAGCUUGAUAACGUUUUUGUAGUAGUGUGCAGUGAUUCUCAGCUUGAUAACGUUUUUGUAGUAGUGUGCAAUGAUUCUCAGCUUGAUAACGUUUUUGUAGUAGUGUGCAGUGAUUCUCAGCUUGAUAACGUUUUUGUAGUAGUGUGCAAUGAAUUCUCCGCUUCAUAACGUUUUUGUAGUAGUGUGCAGUGAUUCCCAGCUUGAUAACGUUUUUGUAGUAGUGUGCAGUGAUUCUCAGCUUGAUAACGUUUUUGUAGUAGUGUGAUUCUCAGCUUGAUAACGUUUUUGUAGUAGUGUGCAAUGAACUUGAUAACGUUUUGUAGUAGUGUGCAGUGAUUCUCAGCUUGAUAACGUUUUUGUAGUAGUGUGCAAUGAAUCUCAGCUUGAUAACGUUUUGUAGUAGUGUACAAUGAUUCUCAGCUUGAUAACGUUUUGCAGUAGUGUACAAUGAAUCUCAGCUUGAUAACGUUUUGUAGUAGUGUACAAUGAUUCUCAGCUUGAUAACGUGUUUGUAGUAGUGUGCAGUGAUUCUCAGCUUGAUAACGUUUUUGUAGUAGUGUGCAGUGAUUCUCAGCUUGAUAACGUUUUUGUAGUAGUGUGCAGUGAUUCUCAGCUUGAUAAAGUUUUUGUAGUAGUGUGCAAUGAUUCUCAGCUUGAUAACGUUUUUGUAGUAGUGUGCAGUGAUUCUCAGCUUGAUAACGUUUUUGUAGUAGUGUGCAAUGAUUCUCAGCUUCAUAACAUUUUUGUAGUAGUGUGCAGUGAUUCCCAGCUUGAUAACGUUUUUGUAGUAGUGUACAAUGAUUCUCAGCUUGAUAACGUUUUUGUAGUAGUGUGCAGUGAUUCACAGCUUGAUAACGUUUUUGUAGUAGUGUGCAGUGAUUCCCAGCUUGAUAACGUUUUUGUAGUAGUGUGCAGUGAUUCUCAGCUUGAUAACGUUUUUGUAGUAGUGUACAAUGAAUCUCAGCUUGAUAACGUUUUGUAGUAGUGUACAAUGAUUCUCAGCUUGAUAACGUUUUUGUAGUAGUGUGCAAUGAUUCUCAGCUUGAUAACGUUUUUGUAGUAGUGUGCAAUGAUUCCCACCUUGAUAACGUUUUGUAGUAGUGUGCAGUGAUUCACAGCUUGAUAACGUUUUUGUAGUAGUGUGCAGUGAUUCUCAGCUUGAUAAACAAUAUGUAAUAGUGUUAUCUCUACAGUAUGUACAGGAAGUGUAACAUUCCUGUUCAUAUUGAUAUCUUUAAGAGUUGUUCACAUUAUAGACUCCAGAACUAUAAUUCCCAAACCACAAUUUAUGUAUAGUAUGACCUUUAAUUGAAGUUCCACGGAGCGAUAAUCCCAUAAUCUCCCCCACACCACCCAUUUUCCCAGCUCUAGAUAGUAACAGGAAAUCAAAUUGAUCUGUAUAAGACACAGCGCCAAGACUUUCAGGGGGUUAUAGUCCAAUGUCUUCCAAAAUACACCCACAUUAUACUUUUUAAUGAGGCAUGCCAAGCCCACAUCUGUCUUUUUUCUCGUGGAAAACAUAGAUGUCUUAUGUCCAUCUGUGAUCAAUAACAUGAUUAAAAGCCCUUGAGGGGGAUAAAAAGUAUUUAAUGAGUUCACAGGAGGCUUUCAGAAUCCACCCCAUGCGCUCUUCAACUCUUGUCUUCUUUGGUAGGAAUUCACCCCAUGUGCUCUUUAACUCUUGUCUUCUUUGGUAGGAAUUCACCCCAUGUGCUCUUUAACUCUUAUCUUCCUAGGUAAGAAUCCACCCCAUGUGCUCUUUAACUCUUGUCUUCUUUGGUAGAAAUUUACCCCAUGUACUCUUUAACUCUUGUCUUCCUAGGUAGGAAUCCACCCCAUGUGCGCUUUAACCUUUGUCUUCCUAGGUAGGAAUCCAUCCCAUAUGCUCUUUGACUCUUGCCUUUCUUGGUAGGAAUCCACCCCAUGUGCUCUCUAACUCUUGUCUUCUUUGGUAGGAAUCCACCCCAUGUGGCCUUUAACUCUUGUCUUCUUUGGUAGGAAUCCACCCCAUGUGCUCUUUAACUCUUGUCUUCUUUGGUAGGAAUCCACCCCAUGUGCUCUUUAACUCUUGUCUUCUUUAGUAGGAGAAAUAGUUUAUGUCCCAAAUAAAUCUUUUUUUCUUGGGAGGUUUAGAGGAUGAUAAUUCAUGUCUGGUCUUCACGAUCCCACGUUUAAGGUGAAUAUUGAGUACCAAUAUAAUUUUCUGCUCAUUAUGGGCCCUCUUUUAUUUGCCUGCCAGUGCAAAUUUCAAUGUAUUAUUCAAGUCUAAAAUAAAUUUUUGUUAUAUAAAAAAAUAUAUUUUGAGUUUUAUAUAUAUUCUGUAUAGUAUUCUUAGACUUUCCACUGUGAUUGGGGGUUACAGGGGUCUUACACUCUGAUUUGACGUUACAGGGGUCUCACAUCGUUAUUGGAGGUUACAGGGGGUCUCACACCGUUAUUGGAGGUUACAGGGGUCUCACACCAUGAUUGGGGGUUACAGGGGUCUCACACUGUGAUUGGAGGUUACAGGGGUCUCACACCGUUAUUGGAGGUUACAGGGGUCUCACACCGUUAUUGGAGGUUACAGGGGGUCUCACACUGUGAUUGGAGGUUACAGAGGUCUCACGCUAUGGGGGUUACAGGUGGUCUCACACCGUUAUUGGAGGUUACAGGGGGUCUCACACUGUGAUUGGAGGUUACAGGGGUCUCACAUUAUGGGGGUUACAGGUGGUCUCACACCGUUAUUGGAGGUUACAGGGGGUCUCACACCGUUAUUGGAGGUUACAGGGGUCUCACACUAUGGGGGUUACAGGGGGUCUCACACCGUUAUUGGAGGUUACAGGGGUCUCACACCAUUAUUGGAGGUUACAGUGGUCUCACACCGUUAUUGGAGGUUACAGGGGGUCUCACACUGUGAUUGGAGGUUACAGGGGUCUCACACUAUGGGGGUUACAGGGGGUCUCACAACGUUAUUGGAGGUUACAGGGGUCUCACACUAUGGGGGUUACAGGGGGUCUCACACCGUUAUUGGAGGUUACAGGGGGUCUCACACUGUGAUUGGAGGUUACAGGGGUCUCACACUAUGGGGGUUACAGGGGGUUUCACACCGUUAUUGGAGGUUACAGGGGGUCUCACACUGUUAUUGGAGGUUACAGGGGGUUUCACACUGAGAUUGGAGGUUACAGGGGUCUCAUACCAUGAUUGGAGGUUACAGAGGGUUUCACACUGUGAUUGGAGGUUACAGGGGUCUCACACUAUGGGGGUUACAGGGGUCUCACACCAUGAUUGGAUGUUACAAGGGGUUUCACAUUGUGAUAGAUGAUAGUUACAUGGGGUGUAACAACAGUGUUACAAGCAGUUCCAUGUGUCAAAUCUCACACAGUCUCUGUAUCUGCAGGCGAUGCCCUGCUGGGUGCUCUGCCGGAUUCUCCUUGCCCUAAAGGAUUUGAAAAACUCAAUGGCACCUGUGUGGGUAAGUGGCUAUAUGUCCUAUUUGUAAUAUUGUGUGUCUGUGUGUGAUCGCCAUGCUGAUUCACAUUGCUGUCUAUUGCCAAUGUCCUGGUAACAGUAACAUAAAAAUAAAAGUAACCGCCCGUGAAAAAAAGUCAGAUUACCGUGUGCAAAACAGGUUCAGUUCAAUCCAUAUUCCACAUUCUGUCACUGCAAGGGUUAAUGUGAUAUUUUUUGCAAUUUCUCUGGUAUUUGGCAGUUCCCCAUUUCCCUCCUUUCCCCUGUGCCCCUGCCUAAUACCCACUUAUCUCUGCCAGCUCAUGUCUAGACGCUCUGAUAAGCCAGACACAGCAGCCAACACUGGGCUAUAUUAAUUGAUUGCCAGAUCUGUACGUGACCUAGUCUGACCUCUGUAUAUUUCUACUGGAGAAAGUCUGCAAUCUGUGUGCCCUCUCGUUCACAGCGACUCUGAGAAAAUAACAUGAUUAUGUUCUGUUUUGCUGCCAAGAGAUCACGUGACACGUCGGCCCGUUUUGAUGGUGUUUCUUGCUCCCUUGUGGGAGCUUUAAAUAUCAGCCCCAAUGGAGGGUUUAUUCACUCAACAGUGAAUUGUGGAGAUGCGAAAACUGAACUGCGAGGGUCAGGCUAACCUAAUCAAGCGCCAUGGCUCACCUGGAGAAUUCUUUAAUCAGCUUCCAAUCUGAUUAACUGAUUUGAACCUGAUUAGAAGUGAAUUAAAACCUGAAUGGCAAAAUUUAGGCUCAAAUAGCUAAGCUAUGUCUAUGUUGGGUUAGACAAUAUUUCGAAAUCAGCUAUUUUGGUCUGAAUUCUGUAAUUCCGAUCAGUUCUCUAUAUUUCUCAUUGCCAGCUUCCCAUAUAACAUUCCCUCUCAUUCUUGGCAGAUAUUGAUGAAUGUAAGGAUCCCUCUCUGUGCCAGAAUGGUGACUGCACCAACACAAGGGGGAGCUUCACCUGUGUGUGCCGACCGGGCUUUCUACUAGACUCUUCGUGGAGCAGCUGUAUCUGUGAGUAACCGGCUGGCUCUUUUAUCCCUUGUUAACCCAUUACCUGUUGCAGAAUUGUACUGGGAUAUUUGUUAACUUCUCUACUUUCCAAAUAAGUCCAGAAAGGAAUAUGUAACUCUUCCAACUCAUUGGUGCUGAUUUUAUUGACCUGGAAAGUAUGAGAUGCUCAGUUGACCGAGCUGGGAAUUAAACUUCCACGGUAGAUAAAAUGAGUACAAUCUCUGUAGUAGAAGGAGGCGGGAGGUAGGUGUCCUGAUGUCUGUGUAUUAGGAGGGGGUGAGAGGUAGGUGUCCUGAUGUCUGUGUAUUAGGAGGAGGUGAGAGGUAGGUGUCCUGAUGUCUGUGUAUUAGGAGGAGGUGAGAGGUAGGUGUCCUGAUGUCUGUGUAUUAGGAGGAGGUGAGAGGUAGGUGUCCUGAUGUCUGUGUAUUAGGAGGAGGUGAGAGGUAGGUGUCCUGAUGUCUGUGUAUUAGGAGGAGGUGAGAGGUAGGUGUCCUGAUGUCUGUGUAUUAGGAGGAGGUGAGAGGUAGGUGUCCUGAUGUCUGUGUAUUAGGAGGAGGUGAGAGGUAGGUGUCCUGAUGUCUGUGUAUUAGGAGGGGGUGAGAGGUAGGUGUCCUGAUGUCUGUGUAUUAGGAGGAGGUGAGAGGUAGGUGUCCUGAUGUCUGUGUAUUAGGAGGAGGUGAGAGGUAGGUGUCCUGAUGUCUGUGUAUUAGGAGGAGGUGAGAGGUAGGUGUCCUGAUGUCUGUGUAUUAGGAGGAGGUGAGAGGUAGGUGUCCUGAUGUCUGUGUAUUAGGAGGAGGGAGAGGUAGGUGUCCUGAUGUCUGUGUAUUAGGAGGAGGUGAGAGGUAGGUGUCCUGAUGUCUGUGUAUUAGGAGGAGGGGAGAGGUAGGUGUCCUGAUGUCUGUGUAUUAGGAGGAGGUGAGAGGUAGGUGUCCUGAUGUCUGUGUAUUAGGAGGAGGUGAGAGGUAGGUGUCCUGAUGUCUGUGUAUUAGGAGGAGGGGAGAGGUAGGUGUCCUGAUGUCUGUGUAUUAGGAGGAGGGGAGAGGUAGGUGUCCUGAUGUCUGUGUAUUACACAGUAAGAUUACCCAAAUCUCGCUCUUUUCUCUCUCAGCUGAUCAUGUAAUCUCGGAAGCAAAGGGCCCCUGUUUCCGGAUUUUGCGUGACGGUGGCUGCUCACACCCCAUCCUCAAGAACAUUACUAAACAGAUCUGCUGCUGUAGUCGUGUGGGAAAAGCUUGGGGCAGAGGCUGCGAGAGGUGCCCUCCUUUUGGCACAGGUAAAAAAAAGGACCAAUUUCAGCGCAUUGUUCUCAGUCUUGUGCUGCUGUCUGUUCUGGCAGUGAGAGGAUUGAAAUAGCGAGCCAAUAAAAAUCACGUUUCAGGGUCUGAUCAUAUCAUACUGCAUUGUAUCCCCUUCAGCACCAUGGUUUACCAGACUUAUUUGGGGUGUAUUGAGUGAAUAGGAAGUGUGGACACUUUACACGACAAAUUUAUUCUAAAAUUAUCAAAACGCAAAAUAUGUCCAACUCAGCAAUUCCUGUUUCAGUUUAUGCACUAAACGUAAAAUUCAGGCUACAAUAUCCAAACUGUGUCAUUAUAGCCGAGUUAAAAACUUUUUGCAAUUCAGAUAUUUUUUGCUUAAAUUUACAAUUUGGUUUUCAUUUCACUAGUCUAAUUCGUGCCACUUGUGAGCUCAGUCAGGUUUAUUAAUGGCAGAUUUUGAAUAAAAUGGCCAUUUGUUGUACUUUGUCACAGAGUGUGCAUGCGUACUACAACUCGGCUUCCAAUGGAUUUUUUUUUUAUCUUCCAGAGGGAUUUAAGGAAACUUGCCCAGCCGGGCCAGGAUAUCAUUACUCGGCGUCUGAUCUGCGUAUCAAUGCCCGCUAUGUGGGGCAAGACCAACCCAGGGUGCCAGUCAUACGGCAGCCAGGAGUCAGGCGGCCGACUUUCACCACGCCCGCCACAGCCCGUCAGCUGCCCUACGGUAAGACACGGCAGGUUAUAACAUGCCAAGAAAACUCAUACAGCAUUUAUAAAUGUUAACGGAGCUUUAAUGCGGCCCCUGCGCAUGCCCACGCCAUCUCAUAAAGAGGAGAAACCGCUUAAACCUAUGGGGAUAAGCUAUCUCAUAAAGAGGGGAUACCACUGAAAUAUAUGGGACAAACCAUCUCCUAAAGGGGGGAAACCAUCUCCUAAAGAGGGGAAACCACUGAAAUCUAUGGGGCAAACCAUCUCCUAAAGGGGGGAAACCAUCUCCUAAAGAGGGGAAACCACUGAAAUCUAUGGGGGAAACCAUCUCAUAAUGAGGAUGUGUGGAUAAAGAGGAAACCAGCAUCAUUGUAUUGUAGGCAUUGUUCGCUUCGGUGGGAUUCCUGAUGAAUUCAUUAUAGCCCUUUAUAGCUGAGCUGGAAAAAUAGCAGAAUUUGCAAAUUUUUCCAGUUUUACUAAUUUAGUCCAAAAUUUGCAACUUUCGUAUUAAUUGAGUUUAAAUACUUGAUAGUUGUAGCCAUGACUACCAGUCUGUGUCUACUACAAAUCAAACCACAAGGCACAGAUGUAGUGGGUAAAAAAGGGCACAAACUGUUUUAUUUAUUAAAACAGUCAUUGCCUCCAAUUAACAUUAAAUAUAUUUUGAACCUUAUAACAACAUUAGGCAAUGACAAUGAUUUUUAACACAGGGUUAACAUAACCCUAAAUAACUUUCAGACUGUAAUUAGCAUAAUUAACCAUUACAAAUGUAACCUUUCCAGCACCAGCUUGCUCCCAUGGAUCCCCGUGUUUGAACCGAUCCAACCGCUGGGACAGAACCGUCUGCCCAGCCCCCCAUUUAUGCUAAGAACCCCUCUUCCGUCUCAAAACCUUUCACCAGGUCCAUUAGGCUAUCACCACAUCCUCAUUGUGAGGCCAUAGACCAUCCCCAGGAGUAAGCUACCACCAAUGCCCUAGCAGAUGACCCCUUACUACGCUUGGGCUACCCCACCCAAUAAAAACAAGGCCUUUUCUACCCCCUGUUCAGGAGCUGGGCCCAAUCCACUAUCCGUUGACAUGCCACCAUCUGGGUCACCUCCAGCAGCUGCUCCACUGUACAUCCACUCCAUAGUAUCUUCAGACAGCUCUGCGAUGCUGCCUGUGGUGGCCACCCGGAUAUGAACAUGGGUUUCGCCGCCAAUUAAGUAUUUUCCCCUCUCAGGAACCCUGCUGCACCAAAUUCAGUAGUAUCACUGUGGAAGAGUAUAGCUUUCCAAGAAAUGUAACUCCAGAGUAGGUAUAGCUUUCCCCCACAGACUGAAUGCUGGGAGUGAACUGACUUUAUUAUGGGCCACACACGGCCUUUUAUGCAUAGACCCCUAUAUGGGGUUUCUCACACAAACAUACAGGGUCUUUUCUCCCAAGAUCCUCUAUGCCUGAGCGAUAAAGUUGUGAGAAAAAACUAUAACUCAAUUAUUUCUCCGGUACAGAAAAAUCUACACUAUUUUAUAACACCCUAAAACAGAUAUAAUACAACCAUAUACCCCUUCAAGCCUUAUAUCCCCGGAUAGCCUGGAUCUGCGCGCACAACAUAUCCAAAAAGCGCUCAGAUCCCACGAACACAGCCGAAUCGCCACCGGGGUAAAGCUUUGACCGAUCACACACGAGGCGCCUGCCCAAAAUAGUUCCAGAAGAAAGGUGGUGGUGGUCGGUCUCUUUUGGGAGUACAAAACCGAGCAAAUUACCAAACGUAUACUAAGGUUCCUGGGUAGCGAUUGUUCGCCUAGUUCAUGCGAACAACCCUACCGAACAAUGCUCUUCUGGGGUGCACAGAAACAAAAGCAGGUGAGAAUGGAAGUUCAGUGGUGUUCGCGAGUUAGAGUGUCUGAUUUUAGUUCCAUGCACUCGACGACCGAACACCGCUGCCUGUAUUUGUGCGACAAGAUGGCUGCCAACUCAUUUUCCACGUGUUCGUCUAUGCAAAUGGUGGCCGCCCAGAAGAACACUUAGAAUCCUGAGGUGCGAACCAAUGAUGGAGGUGUCAGUAUAGGUCAAUGGGGAUUAACAAGCUCCCAGGUGGACUGAGUCUGGGUGGUAGAACAAGGGGAAUUCGUCGGUUUGUUUGGUUAACAAAUGGAACUGGGAAAAGGGUGUGAACAAGGUAUAUACAGUGACAGGGUGUUCUGUCACACUGCCCCUUAAGCCUCCUGGCUGAGAGUGAACCUGUCUUCCCUCGCAGAUGAUUUCUGCAGCUAUGAUGUCACCUAACUGGUACUGUGACAGGAUGCAGGACUGGAACACUGGGCACUUCCAGUCUCUUCAAGUCACUCAGGAACCAAACCCUACCAUCCUGCAUUCUCUGCACACAGCACCAUCCUGCAUUCUCUGCACACAGCACCAUCCUGCAUUCUCUGCACACCCUACCAUCCUGCAUUCUCUGCACACCCUACCAUCCUGCAUUAUCUGCACCCAGUACCAUCCUGCAUUCUCCACACACAGCACAAUCCUGCAUUCUCUGCACACCCUACCAUCCUGCAUUCUCUGCACACAGCACCAUCCUGCGAUCUCUGCACCCAGCACCAUCCUGCAUUCUCUGCACACCCUACCAUCCUGCAUUCUCUGCACACCCUACCAUCCUGCACUCUCUGCACACAGCACCGUCCUGUAUUCUCUGCACACAGCACCAUCCUGUAUUCUCUGCACACAGCACCAUCCUGCAUUCUCUGCACACAGCACCGUCCUGCAUUCUCUGCACACUGCACCAUCCUGCAUUCUCUGCACACCCUAACCUCCUGUGUUACCUGCACACAGCACCAUCCUGCGUUACCUGCACACAGCACCAUCCUGCUUCAUCUGCACACAGCACCAUCCUGCUUCUCUGCACACACUACCAUCCUGCGUUACCUGCACACAGCACCAUCCUGCGUUACCUGCACACAGCACCAUCCUACGAUAUCUGCACACUGCACCAUCCUGCGUUACCUGUACACAGCACCAUCCUGCAUUACCUGCACACAGCACCAUCCUGCGUUACCUGCACACAGCACCAUCCUGCAUUCUCUACACACAGUACCAUCCUGCGUUACCUGCACACAGCACCAUCCUGCGUACUGGAAUGUCAGGUACUGCUUGGAUAGACUGCAGAGAGCAGUGUCUCUCCUGGUUACACUCUCCCUACUGUUUGAAAAGCUAUUCAGUUACAUUCCCCACAACAACAUGAGGGGACAGUUGCAAAACUAAAAUGACUGAAGUGUAACUGUUACACCAGCCUAUACAUGCCCUCUGCCCCCUAUUCCCCUUUCUCUAUCCACCAAGCUGUACAGCCUUGCUCAACACAACUGUCAAGGUCCUCCUCUGCCUAUUUGUAUCCAUGGGGCUGCAGUAACAUUAAUUUAACUGUUCUCUUGGUACUUUCUAAUAUUAACCAGCGUCUUACUGCAUGCUGCGUGCAAGCAUGGCGCCUCACAACAACGCAGCCAGCAUGUAUUUAAAACUGCUCAGACAUAUUGUUUAUUACAGUCGAAACUCGUGUUAACGUACCAGAGGGGAGACUGGACAGGAGCCAGGGAGUCUCCACAGACCAUACGGGAUCCACACAAGUCCAAGGAGAAAGCAAUCCUCCUGUGCAAAUUCCAAAGGAAACAGAGACCCGGGUGGAGACUCCCCCUCAAGGUAAGUCUUUAAAAGUCAAUAAAACCAAAGUCACAGUGGGCGUUCCAUUGCAUCAUAUCGAGUCUUAAAGGGACACUGUAGACACUAUAAGCAUUUCAUCUCUUUGAAUUGGUUAUAGUGCCUGGAAUGCCCUGGCACUGUCCCUCCAUUCAGUGUUGCACCAUGUUCGUGCAGUAUGCCACAAAAUAAGAGUCCCUGGCCACCCAUAGUCCGGCCCCUUCAUUAUGUGUAGCUAAGGCAGAGAUUACACACUUCCUUGUUGUCAUACCCAUUCAUACUGUCAGUUGGAACUCUGACAGGCUAAAAGCAGUCAGCUGAUACUCUCAGCCAAUCACAGCUGCCUAUUACUUCCUGUAGCGGAGAGCUAGUAUUUCAUAGCCUACCUCCACUUGUAGAUCCCAGUGAGGCUCAGGAACAAGUAGUUAUAAAUCCAUAGGCAAAGUAUCCAGCAGGCAAAACAAUACAGUAGUAUCCCAACAGCAAUCCCAAUAACUGGACGACACACAGUAUCAGGAGCAGAACUAAAGAUUUAUUCAGCCAGUGGCCUUAUAAAGAAUGCUCCCAUGGAAGGGAGGGAUUUCCAUUCAUUAGCAUAAUAGCCAAUCCUGUUCGGGUACCCUCCCACACAUCCCCUCGCCUCAACCUGCAUCAUAAUCCCCUUAUCCAGGACACCAAUUCCCCCCGUUUCUGGAUGUACCCCUAAACCUAGGGGUACCACUUUAAAUUAUACAUCUCCUGGUAGCUCUGAUCUGGGUGAACAACAUAUCCAAAAAUCACCCAGAUCAGACCAGGGGUUCGGGAAAUUCAUGGAGGGAAUAGAAUGACCGACCGCACGGGAAGAAAUAGCCGAAUUGGGCUCCAUGCGAUGGGGCCCUGCGGUCGGUCCUGGAAAAAGGGAAUGAAUUACACGAAAGCCUAGGGGAGACUGGGGAGGGUUCGCCUGAAUCCCCUCGUUUGGUUGUUUCUGUCUACUGAACGAGGGGCCGUUCGGUAGUUUGGAACCAAACGGACCGGGCUGGUGGAGGUCUCAGCGGUGUUAGCUUAGUCGAGUGUCCGUUUUGAGUUCCAGACACUCGACGGCAAAACACCGCUGUUCGGGAGUUUUAAAAUGGCCGCCGCCACGUGUUCGUUUCCCGAAUGGCGGCCAUCCCCGAGAACAAAGGAUUACUAUACAGCUUGUCAAUUACCCGUUCGCAACAAUGUUGCAACGGGUAUUUGAAGGCACACUUCACACUGGGGAGGUCUGACUGUUCGGUAGUUUCAUUCCCUUAUUUGUUAGAAUGAUUCUACCGAACAAUCAGACGAAUACAUCACAUUAAUACACAUAUACUUUGCAAUUUGACGAAUACAGUAUAAACUAACACAAGUCUCAGGACAGCCCAGUGCCAUCCGUUACACUUCCUUAUUAGCCAAAGCAGCACAGAGGUGAUGGAUUGCCGGGGACUCUUGUUUAGCAUUAAAACCUUAAAAGUUUAAAAACUGUUUAAUGCUGAAAGAAAUGAUGGUACCAGAGGACUCCAGACACUAUAACCAGUUUAAUGAGAUGAAGCAGAUACAGUGCCUACGGUGUCCCUUUAAUGAACCAAAGUAUAGUUUUUGGACACAACAUUCUGCCGUAGAUGGGAUGCCAUCCAAAUCUAUAGAUACAAGCCAGAUUUUGUAGAAUGAAUUCCAUAAACCCAGGAAUUAUAAAUUAUAUGAUGUUUGCAGGAUUGAAGUACUGUGCAUAUCUACAGGGGUAAGCUAUUUUCUAAAGAUUAAGCUACACACACCUAUUCUGAUAUACUGGUUCUUCUGAAAGAAAUUAUCUGAAAGUAAAAGAGAUACAUAUAUAUUGUUUCUGUUCUAAAACAUGGUUUAAAUGAUUAUUCUUGUUUACAGAAACCAACUUGUGUGAGUUAAAUCCCCAAAUCUGUGGUCCUGGACGCUGCGUUCCCCGCUCUGGCAGUUACGCCUGCGUAUGUAACAAUGGAUACCGGAUCAGCACACAGGGCACCCACUGUAUCGGUGAGAUGGACACAGUCUAACAGGCUGUUCUUUGUACAAUCUUCUCUUGUCUCUGAAAUGCGACAAUGAUCACGAAUUUGGCUGUAACUUUUUAAAUUCCGUAAGGAGUGAGGAACUCAUUAAUGUACUUAAAGGGUUAAAAACACUAAUAAGACUAUAAAUGCAUUAAGAGAAAGUGUUUAGUGUGUUGUUGGAAACACUGAAUUUCCAUGAAAGAGGCUGAUUCUGGUGAAAUCUAAGUACAUAACUCAUAUUCUCCAUUAUAUGAUAGUAUGUGUCCACAGGCUGCACUUGGACCAUAGUGAGCCUGACCUCUGGCUGCCAUCCACCAAUAGUCUGCUGAAUCAUAAUUACAGGUCUUAAAGCUUCUAACCUGUAGGAUAAAACGUGGAGGUAUUUAUGUAGAACAAUGGUGGGAAAUCCAAAUAUUUAGGGACUGCUACCAGUCCUGGACGUGUGUAAUUCAUGUUUUCACAGAAGAUUGUUGAAUCAUUCAUUGUUAUUCACUAAUGAGAAUUUUGGGGAAUUUACUGAAAACAAAACCAAAUUGGAAAUUUUCUUCCAAUUCAUUUAUCUGACCAGUGCCAUCCAAUCAGAGCUAUCUUACCAAGGCUAUCCGACCAGUGCCUUCCAAUCAGAGCUAUCUUACCAAGGCUAUCCGACCAGUGCCAUCCAAUCAGAGCUAUCUUACCAAGGCUAUCAGACCAGUGCUAUCUAAUCAGAGCUAUCUUACCAAGGCUAUCCGACCAGUGCUAUCUAAUCAGAGCUAUCUUACAAGGCUAUCCGACCAGUGCCAUCCAAUCAUAGCUAUCUUACCAAGGCUAUCCGACCAGUGCCAUCCAAUCAGAGCUAUCUUACCAACGCUAUCCGACCAGUGCCAUCCAAUCAGAGCUAUCUUAUAAGGUUAUCCGACCAGUGCCAUCCAAUCAGAGCUAUCUUACAAGGCUAUCCGACCAGUGCCAUCCAAUCAUAGCUAUCUUACCAAGGCUAUCCAAUCAGAGCUAUCUUACCAAGGCUAUCCGACCAGUGCCAUCCAAUCAGAGCUAUCUUACAAGGCUAUCCGACCAGUGCAAUCCAAUCAGGGCUAUCUUACAAGGGUCAUCCUACCACUGCCAUCAUACCAGGAUUAUCUGACCAGUGCCAUCCAAUCAUAGCUAUCUUACCAAGGCUAUCCGACCAGUGCAAUCCAAUCAGAGCUAUCUUACCAAGGCUAUCCGACCAGUGCCAUCCAAUCAGAGCUAUCUUACCAAGGCUAUCCGACCAGUGCCAUCCAAUCAGAGCUAUCUUACCAAGGCUAUCCAACCAGUGCCAUCCAAUCAGAGCUAUCUUACAAGGCUAUCCAACCAGUGCCAUCCAAUCAGAGCUAUCUUACAAGGCUGUCCGACCAGUGCCAUCCAAUCAGAGCUAUCUUACAAGGGUCAUCCUACCAGUGCCAUCAUACCAGGGUUAUCUGACCAGUGCCAUCCAAUCAGAGCUAUCCUCCCAGAGCUAUCCUUCUAGCUUUGACUAUAUUGUAUUAAAGUUUGCCAUUCUAUAUUUAUUCUCCACAAUUUACAGUUUAGUGAAUAAACAUCUCAAGUAUUUUCUGAAAUCACAGCUUGUUCCGAGGAGCAAUGUCCCAGGCCAAUUAUAAUCUAGUACUGAUAAAUAGGAAUGAAUGCUGGGAGUCCUCUUCACAGUAACUUUGCCACCAUUUCAUCACAGUUGCAUAACGCACAGAAGAAGAUCUGUUUUCUUUGCUACAGAUUGCAAAAUAAUUACCUGAUCUUUGCUCUGACAGAUGUGCAAAGUCAGGAAUCCUUAUUCAUUAGCAGGAUGUGCUCCUGGCAGAUGUGAGGAGGUUCAUUCACAUUCCUUCCAUCGUCAGAGCCAAUGACAUAUAUUUAAAGGGCAAAACAAUCACAAGGGAAAAGAAUUUAUAACAUUCUCCCCUUUAACCUCCAGCCUUACAUUAAAUUUUAUUUUUUUAAAUGAGCAGGCACUUUACCGUAGCCUUGGAAAUGUAUGUAUAAACGAGUUAGUAAAGAAAGUGCCUACAUUUUUCAUCUCAGGUAUUUUCUCUCUGCUAUUUUAGCGUAAAUUUCUUUCACUUUAUCGCCAUCACUCAGGGGCCAAGCAUUAUUACAAUGCUGUGUUUUUACCUGUAGCGCAGCCCCUGGACAUGUUAUGGACUGUAUCGCCUGUCACUCUUAGCCAGGCUUUCUGUAUUAAAAGAUCAGUGUUUCUGUUCUCUACUCAUCCCUCAGCAAUGCGCCCCUGGAUAAUUCACUGCUCAUCUAUAAACCCUAAACAAAACGUACCCUGACACUCCAUCCUUCUAUCCACAAAUUCCUAACAUCUUCCCCAAUCCUCAGUCCAUGUCCAGCAACUCAUUCCAGAUUCAGAGUCUGAUACAAUAUGCUCGAUAAUCUCCCUGCAGCCAUACAAAAACCCCAGGGGGAGACAGAGAAAUGUGUUUCCGUGAGAAAAAGAAUGCAUCUGCAACACAUUUAAAGGCAUACUCCGCACUCUCUCAUCACCUACGCCAGUUGCAUGAUACGAGGAGUUUCUACAUCUCUGGAAGAAAGCGGACACCGUUACCGAAGGAGGAUCAAAGUCAUUAAAAUAUCAAAACAUACCCGAAGAUGCUUUAUACCCCUUAAAGAAACACUCCAUCGUAGUGGUUAUAGUGCCAGGAGUGCACUGGCUCUGUCUAUUUUAGCACAGCAUGACAAAUUACCUGGAUCACGCUCCAUCUGCUGCAUCGGUCCUUCUCCAUCAGAACAAACUGCAUGUCGCUUUAGAGAGACCACUCUCAUUUAUCUCAGCCAGUGACUGAGGGCCUGCUUUGUUCUAUAGUGAAGUCCAGAGGCAGGUUUUCUAACCAGCAGAACCCAGGUUUGAUGUCAAACUGUGCUGAAAUGGCAUCUUACCAUAGGAUGGCACCAGGGCAGUCUUUGCAUCAAAAUCACUAUAACAUGUCCUAGAUCACCGGAGGAGGCCAUGACUCUUUGAUGACAUCGCGGGAGGAGGAGAGGUGCAGAGGAUCAAGAGGAAUAAACGCUUUUUUAAAUAAAAUGCUGCAAAUGGGUUUGGGGUGCCUGAAUAUUAUCAGUGAUAGGUGCACUAUAGCGUACGAAAGAAGAAUUUGUAUUCCUAACGCUUUUGUUUUACUUUAAGGUGACACUUACUGGGUUAUUCAGUAAAGGGGGAUUCGCCAGGAAUUCCAUUUAAAUUUAAAGUGAAUUUCAAAAUUUAGGCCAAUAGCUGAUUUAGAAAAAUUGUCUGUGUUGUUUGGCUAUUUUUGACAUAAUUUUUACACUUUGUUUGUAUUCCCACCUGUUCUCAUGUUCUAAUUUAUUAUUGCAAAAUGUUUAUUUUUAUUAUUUUGGACUUUAAUAUGAAAGUCACUUUGAAUUCCUGACCAUUCCCACUUUCAUGAAUAACUGUUCGACUUUGUCCAAAGAACGUCAGGAUCCUGCCAUAAUUGUAUCAUUUAUCUUAUUAAUAAUUAACAUUGUGUUAGUGGGCAAUGGUCAAUAUAUUAUCCUGCAAAUCCCUUGUCCUGCUUCCCUUGUGGGCCUUAGUUUGACAACUUUUUUAUUUAAACCUUUAAACCCUGAUAUUGAAAACGUAAUGAUAGGAUCUCAGACUGAGUGAAAAUGCCUCCAUUGUUCCUGUUGAAAUGAUUUCAGAUCUCCAGGUCUCUCAGUUCUCUUCCCACCCACCGAACGGUAUGAUCCAUUAUCUCUGCAGGAUUAGCCAAAAGCACACAAAGUCUUCUGUGGACGAAGUGCAUUCUCAGAUUGUCUAAAGAAAUACAAUGUCAGAAUUUUGGAAGCUGUGAACAUUCCAGCCGCUCGCAGGAGGUUGGGAGAAGAAGAAUUCUUUUUUAUAAUUAUGUUUACAAUUUAGGUUUUCCUGAAAAUUGCCUUUUACGAGGCCUGUUCAAAGAGCUCACGUUCACAUAAAUUGAGACCUGAGACCACAAAUAUUACAUGAAAACCCAAGACUUAUUUGCUAUAAUAAUUACUAAAAUGAACCAGGCCGCAGCUCCACCGAACUCUGCCACUAAAUCCAGCAAGAUCUGCUGAUGGUCAGACCAUGCCAAGUCCUAUGUGAAAUAAGUGGACAUCCGUUGGAUUCAGGGUUCAGUCUAUGGAGAGCUGCUGGGCUUAGUAUUCAGUCUAUGGGGAGCUGCUGGGUUCAGUGUUCAGUCUAUGGAGAGCUGCAGGGUUUAGUAUUCAGUCUAUGGAGAGCUGCAGGGUUCAGUAUUCAGUCUAUGGAGAGCUGCAGGGUUCAGUAUUCAGUCUAUGGAGAGCUGCAGGGUUCAGUAUUCAGUCUAUGGAGAGCUGCAGGGUUCAGUGUUCAGUCUAUGGAGAGCUGCAGGGUUCAGUAUUCAGUCUAUGGAGAGCUGCAGGGUUCAGUGUUCAGUCUAUGGAGAGCUGCAGGGUUCAGUGCUCAGUCUAUGGAGAGCUGCAGGGUUCAGUGCUCAGUCUAUGGAGAGGUGCAGGGUUCAGUGCUCAGUCUAUGGAGAUAUGCAGGGUUCAGUGCUCAGUCUAUAGAGAGCUGCAGUACUCAGUCUAUGGAGAGCUGCAGGAUUCAUUGUUCAGUCUAUGGAGAGCUGCAGGAUUCAGUGUUCAGUCUAUAGAGAGCUGCAGGGUUUAGUAUUCAGUCUAUGGAGAGCUGCAGGGUUCAGUGCUCAGUCUAUAGAGAGCUGCAGGGUUCAUUGUUCGGUCUAUGGAGAGCUGCAUGGUUCAUUGUUCAGUCUAUGGCGAGCUGCAGGGUUCAGUGCUCAGUCUAUAGAGAGCUGCAGGGUUCAGUGUUCAGUCUGUGGAGAGCUGCUGGGUUCGGUGUUCAGUCUAUGGAGAGCUGCCGGGUUCAAUAUUCAGUCUAUGGAGAGCUGCAGGGUUCAGUGUUCAGUCUAUGGAGAGCUGCUGGGUUCAGUAUUCAGUCUAUGGAGAGCUGCAGGGUUCAUUGUUCAGUCUAUGGAGAGCUGCUGGGUUCAGUAUUCAGUCUAUGGAGAGCUGCAGGGUUCAGUGUUCAGUCUAUGGAGAGCUGCAGGGUUCAGUGUUCAGUCUAUGGAGAGCUGCAGGGUUCAGUAUUCAGUCUAUGGAGUGCUGCAGGGUUUAGUAUUCAGUCUAUGGAGAGCUGCAGGGUUCAGUGCUCAGUCUAUAGAGAGCUGCAGGGUUCAUUGUUCAGUCUAUGGAGAGCUGCAUGGUUCAUUGCUCAGUCUAUGGAGAGCUGCUGGGUUCAGUAUUCAGUCUAUGGAGAGCUGCUGGGUUCAGUAUUCAGUCUAUGGAGAGCUGCAGGGUUCAGUAUUCAGUCUAUGGAGAGCUGCUUGGUUCAUUGUUCAGUCUAUGGAGAGCUGCAGGGUUCAGUGCUCAGUCUAUGGAGAGCUGCAUGGUUCAGUGCUCAGUCUAUAGAGAGCUGCAGGGUUCAGUGUUCAGUCUAUGGAACGCUGCUGGGUUCAGUGCUCAGUCUAUGGAACGCUGCUGGGUUCAGUGCUCAGUCUAUGGGGAGCUGCAGGUCUCAGUGUUCAGUCUAUGGAACGCUGCAGGGUUCAAUGUUCAGUCUGUGGAGAGCUGCAGGUUCAGUGUAGGAUUUAAUGUGAGCUGCAGGGUUCAGUGUUGGAUUUAAUGUGAGCUGCUGGGUUCAGUGUAGGAUUUAAUGUGAGCUGCUGGGUUCAGUGUAGGAUUUAAUGUGAGCUGUGAGGUUCAGUGUAGGAUUUAAUGUGAGCUGUGAGGUUCAGUGUUGGAUUUAAUGUGAGCUGUGGGGUUCAGUGUUGGAUUUAAUAUGAUCUGCUGGGUUCAGUGUAGGAUUUAAUGUGAGCUGUGAGGUUCAGUGUAGGAUUUAAUGUGAGCUGUGAGGUUCAGUGUUGGAUUUAAUGUGAGCUGUGGGGUUCAGUGUUGGAUUUAAUAUGAUCUGCUGGGUUCAGUGUUGGAUUUAAUGUGAGCUGCAGGGUUCAGUGUAGGAUUUAAUGUGAGCUGCGGGGUUCAGUAUAGGAUUUAAUGUGAGCUGCUGGGUUCAGCGUUGGAUUUAAUGUGAGCUGCGGGGUUCAGUGUAGGAUUUAAUGUGAGCUGCAGGGUUCAGUGUAGGAUUUAAUGUGAGCUGCAGGGUUCAGUGUUGGAUUUAAUGGGAGCUGCGGGGUUCAGUGUAGGAUUUAAUGUGAGCUGCUGUGUUCAGUGUAGGAUUUAAUGUGAGCUGCAGGGUUCAGUGUAGGAUUUAAUGUGAGCUGCAGGGUUCAGUGUAGGAUUUAAUGUGAGCUGCAGGGUUCAUUGUAGGAUUUAAUGUGAGCUGCGGGGUUCAGUGUAGGAUUUAAUGUGAGCUGCAGGGUUCAGUGUAGGAUUUAAUGUGAGCUGCGGGGUUCAGUGUAGGAUUUAAUGUGAGCUGCUGGGUUCAGUGUAGGAUUUAAUGUGAGCUGCUGUGUUCAGUGUAGGAUUUAAUGUGAGCUGCGGGGUUCAGUGUAGGAUUUAAUGUGAGCUGCAGGGUUCAGUGUAGGAUUUAAUGUGAGCUGCGGGGUUCAGUGUUGGAUUUAAUGUGAGCUGCGGGGUUCAGUGUUGGAUUUAAUGUGAGCUGCGGGGUUCAGUGUAGGAUUUAAUGUGAGCUGCGGGGUUCAGUGUUGGAUUUAAUGUGAGCUGCGGGGUUCAGUGUAGGAUUUAAUGGGAGCUGCGGGGUUCAGUGUAGGAUUUAAUGGGAGCUGCAGGGUUCAGUGUAGGAUUUAAUGGGAGCUGCGGGGUUCAGUGUAGGAUUUAAUGGGAGCUGCAGGGUUCAGUGUAGGAUUUAAUGUGAGCUGCAGGGUUCAGUGUAGGAUUUAAUGUGAGCUGCAGGGUUCAUUGUAGGAUUUAAUGUGAGCUGCGGGGUUCAGUGUAGGAUUUAAUGUGAGCUGCAGGGUUCAGUGUAGGAUUUAAUGUGAGCUGCGGGGUUCAGUGUAGGAUUUAAUGUGAGCUGCAGGGUUCAGUGUAGGAUUUAAUGGGAGCUGCGGGGUUCAGUGUAGGAUUUAAUGGGAGCUGCAGGGUGCAGUGUAGGAUUUAAUGGGAGCUGCGGGGUUCAGUGUAGGAUUUAAUGGGAGCUGCGGGGUUCUUUGUUCAGUCUAUAGAGAGAUACAAGUUCAGUGUUCUCUUCUGAGAACUGUAGGACUCGUGUAAUACAGACUGGAUACCUACUAAUUUCCUCUGUUUGAAAGGAGGAAUGUUUCUCCCCACUAGUGUAUCGCAAGCCAUAUGAAUGCCUGCAGGUUCAGGGAUGCAAUUUCCCUAGAAUUCCUUUACGUCUUUGAAAAGUUGCAGUGAUUUAGUAAGUGAAAUGACCGGCAUUUCUGUAUUUCUACCACUAGGUGGCACAAUUUUCAACCUGUUCAAUGGCCUUAAAAUAUAGUCUGUUAAAUUAACCCCUUUAUAACCAAAUUAUUUUUAUUUAAACACAUUUAAGCAUAACAUUUAUUUAAAAUACAGAAUUGCAAAUUAGAUUUCCUGCAAUUCUACACAUAGAUUGCAUAGUAUAAAUAUGUAUUUGUUUUUUAAUUAACGAUUGUGGAGAAUGAAGUAUUAUUAUUAUUAUUUAUAUUUAUUUAUCAAAUAUUUUACCAGAAUGGAUACAUUGAGAUUUCUCGGAUUUUCAAGUAUGUCCUGGGUCCACUAAACAUUGCAUUGUUAUAUGGCGUCUUUAAGAACUAAUGAGACAAUAUAUUGCACAGACGCUGCUCAAACAAGCUUUCAACCUAGAGAUUAUAUAGUACAGAUUUUCUUACUAUGCAAAUAAGCAAUGGUCCAAUAUUAAUCUUGUAAUAUAUAAGCAAUAAAAACAAAAAAUCUCCAUCAGUAUGCAUACGUGAUCGUUGCAUAUGCUCGUAUACAGUAAAUACAGAUGCCGAGUUAAAAUCAGGCACCUGUGUUUACAUACUAUUAUUAUAAUUAUUGAUCAAGUGCCAACAAAUUCUGCAGCGCUGUACAAUAGGUGGACUAGCAGACAAAGCAGAUUUGCAUCAAGACGAGUUGGAUCCACAGGAACUAAAAUGGCAAUUACUAUCAUUAGCUAUUACCAGAGGUUUCCAUGCUACAAAUGUUCAUGUUUAAUGACUGGUAUUCACUUCUGACAAAAGUUUUCAAGUUUUUUAAUGCGAGAUGAUAAACUCUAAAGUAGCACUGGUUUCCAUACUAGAUGGUAAAAAUGUCCACCUGUCACUACGUAAAUAAAAAAGACACCUGCCUCGUUUAGGUAUAAAGAGGAAAAGUGUUGAUUUUAAUACAUCCUAGAGCAUUUAUUCUAUAUUUAUUUUUUAUUUUUUUUGACACUCUUUAUUUUGACUUUUAGCAUGGAUACAGUUUGUCAGUUUUUGAACAAAGUAGAGUACAGAGUAUCAACGUAUAAGAUAUAUAAUAUCCAACAGGAUUGAAACAGUAUUUAAACACAUCAAACCACGUAGGACCUUAGAACAGUCGACAUGCUACAAUGGGUGAGGCCUAGAUGGUGGCAUUGUAGUGUAAGGCUGGUUCUUUCACGCACUAUGGUUGGGUGCGGUGGUCAUUGUCUCUCUAGAAACCUGCAGUGGUGUAGGGCAGUCCAGAUCGUGGCUUCCUGGCUUCUGAGAGCGUACCAGUAAGCUGACAUAGUCACAGUCAACUGUCCGGGGAAUUAAACGGAGACCGAUGUCCAGUUCGUCAGAGACCCGCUCAAGGCUACAUGGACGAGUGUCUGCAGCCAAGGGGGUCACCAGAGAGGUCGGAUCUCGGUCAGCCUUCCGUCUAUCAGUCGAAGCUGGUGGGUGAGAAGGGGGGGUUGUAGGAAGGAGAGGGGGGUGGGUGGGACGGGGGGCUCCCGGCUCCCCGCCCCGCCCGCUGAGAGGUACCACAGCCAGGGCGUCCAAGUGCGAGUAAAUUUCUCUUGCCUAUCAUGUAGUGCUGCUGUAAGGGAUUCUAUGUUGUAUAGUUCUCCCACCUUGUCAAUCCACUGUUGGAGCGUGGGCGCAUCUUUGUGUCUCCACCUUGUAGGGACCAGUGCAAUGGAUGCUGUCAGUAGGUGUUUUAUUAGAGAUUUCUUGUAUACUGAGAGGGUCAUGUCAGUGUGAUGGAGGAUCAUGGUGAGGGGUUGUAGUGGAAGGGCAAUAUCUGUGAUUUGUUUAAUGGUCUCUUGGAUCAUUGCCCAGAAGGGGGCGAUGCUGGGGCAGCUCCACCAGAUGUGGAGGGCAAAGCCAUCGGCAUCGCCACAUCUCCAACAAUCCCCGGGUAUCUCUGAGUUUAUACGGUGCAGAAUAUCUGGGGUUCUAUACCAGUGUGUGAGGAUCUUAAAACUGGUCUCCUGAAGUUUGGAGCUGAUGGAACAUUUAUGUAUUAGAAUAAAAAUCUUGUCCCAUUCCUGUUCUGUGAGCGUGGUUCCUGUCUCUGUUUCCCAUCUAGUUAUGUAUCUUGGGUGCGUCAGGUUUUCUCCAGUGGUGAGAAGUGCGUAUAGUGUAGAAACGCCCCUGUCAGGGUGAGCCAUUGUGGUGCAGAGUGUUUCAAACUGUGUGGGGGUUCUGUGGAGGCACUGUUUGUUCGGGAAGGUCGCAUAAUACGCCCGUAUUUGAAGGUAAUGGAAGUGGUCUAGGCCCCAAGGAUAAUUGUCAGAGAGAGGCUUGAGCUGGUCCCCCUGCAUUAUGUGGUGGAAGCUGAGCCAGUCAGAGUCAGUGUAUGUGUGCAGGUCUGCAGGCGCUAGUCCCCCUCUAACCCCCGGGUUGUGUGUGAUGGAGUUGGUGCGUUGGUGCGAGUACCGCACCGUGCACCAGACUCGUAGCGUUGCAUCAAUCAUUGGGUUGUGUGAGGGAUCCAAGCCACAGGCGGGAGGGGAGAGUUCCGUCCGACUGGGUGAGUUCCAUGGGAACCCAUAAUUUAGCCGUGUGGCGUACGUGCCAGUCCACAAUCCUAAAUAAGUGGGAGGCAUGGUAAUAUCCCAGGAAGGAAGGGAGGCCAGCUCCCCCACUGCUUUGGGGCGUUCUAGGAGCGCCUUGCUCACCCUUCUCGCCUUCCUGUUCCACACGAAUUGCCGGAUCACCUUGGAGAGAGAUUAGAAAAAGGCUCUUGGUAUGGAGAUGUGUAUCGCUUGGAACAGAAAUAGGAGGCGCGGUAAAACAUUCAUUUUAACGACGUUAAUCCGGCCGAACCAGGAGACGUAGCGGUUCCUCCAGUGGCGUAGAUCAGACUGCAGGACUGCGAGAAUGGUGAGGAAGUUAAACUGGUAUAGGAGGUUUAGGUCGUUAGGUCAGAUCCAGAUCCCUAGGUAUUUAAGCUUGUUGUCGCACCAUGAGAAAUGGAUAUAUUUAUUUUAUGUAUAUUUAGUGCAAACACUAAGGGCAACUUGCUCAGAGAUCGCAGGGAAAGCAUAAAUAUUUGUCUAGUAUUCGUGAUAAUUUGGCGAGCCAGGUCUGAUUUAUUACACACAGUCUAAGUUGUAUAUAUUUCUCAAUAAAAAUGUAACAAAAAAGUAAACACAGAAAAUAAAUAUUUCGAAUAAUUAUAAUCAUUCGUCAGAAACUACAUCACUAACCAGUCGCUCCUUUUUGUUUGCUGUCCAACUAGCAGCUUGAUAUAUCCUGUAGCAGCGGGUUUGAAACGUAGAACCCAGCUGUUCUUGAACUAUGGUUCCAUGAGGCUUUGCAUGUUCUACCUUUUGGCUAGCCCUGCUUUGGGUGAGCAAGGGCCUGGUGUUCCAUAAUCCUCACUAGGUAGUUGUCCACAGGAUCACUAAAAGGCGCCAGUGGGUAACUUGUGAUAGUCGGUAAUAUAGAAACAUAAAAACAUAGAAUGUGACGGCAGCUAAGAACCAUUCGGCCCAUCUAGUCUGCCCAAUUUUCUAAAAACUUUCAUUAGUCCCUAGCCUUAUCUUGUAGUUAGGAUAACCUUAUGCCUAUCCCAUGCAUGCUUAAACUCCUUUACUGUGUUAACCUCUACCACUUCAGCAGGAAGGCUAUUCCAUGCAUCCACUACCCUCUCAGUAAAGUAAUACUUCUUGAUAUUAUUUUUAAACCUUUGUCCCUCUAAUUUAAGACUAUGUCCUCUUGUUGUGGUAGUUUUUCUUCUUUUAAAUAUAGUCUCCUCCAUUACUGUGUUGAUUCCCUUUAUAUAUUUAAAUGUUUCUAUCAUAUCCCCUGUCUCGUCUUUCCUCCAAGCUAUACAUGUUAAGAUCCUUUAACCUUUCCUGGUAAGUUUUAUCCUGCAAUCCAUGAACCAGUUUAGUAGCCCUUCUCUGAACUCUCUCUAAGGUAUCAAUAUCCUUCUGAAGAUACGGUCUCCAGUACUGUGUACAAUACUCCAAGUGAGGUCUCACCAGUAUUCUGUACAAUGGCAUGAGCACUUCCCUCUUUCUACUGCUAAUACCUCUCCCUAUACAACCAAGCAUUCUGCUAGCAUUUCCUGCUGCUCUAUUACAUUGUCUGCCUACCUUUAAGUCAUCAGAAAUAAUCACCCCUAAAUCCCUUUCCUCAUAUGUUGAGGUUAGAAUUCUAUCAAAUAUUCUGUACUCUGCCCUUGGGUUUUUACGUCCAAGAUGCAUUAUCUUGCACUUAUCCACAUUAAAUGUCAGUUGCCACAAUUCUGACCAUUUUUCUAGUUUACCUAAAUCAUUUGUCAUUUGGCUUAUCCCUCCUGGAACAUCAACCCUGUUACAUAUCUUAGUAUCAUCAGCAAAAAGACAUACCUUACCAUCAAGACCUUCUGCAAUAUCACUAAUAAAAAUAUUAAAGAGAAUGGGUCCAAGUACAGAUCCCUGAGGUACCCCACUGGUGACAAGUCCAAGCUUCGAAUAUAUUCCAUUAACUACAACCCUCUGUUGCCUGUUACUCAGCCACUGCCUUACCCAUUAUUACCCCUUGGGGGCUCUAUGCCUUGCCUGAAAUGUAUUUAACAUAACACAGAACUAUCAAGGAGAAAUGGAUUGAUGGAUGGAUAAUUAGCUUCAUAGAGAUCUAGAAAAACAAUCUGCACAUGAGUUACCCUUUGUGGGCCAGGUUGGUAAUGAACACAUACCAUCUCAUUGUUCCUUUAAAAUGUGCAUUUAAAAAAAAAAAAAAAAAAAAGGCUAUAAAUACCUGCUUUUCUCCAUAGAUGUGGAUGAAUGUCGUCAGAGGCAAAGUCCCUGUGCCAAUGGGCGAUGUGAGAACACCAUUGGCAGCUACCGCUGUGCCUGUUCCACCGGAUUCCGCACCAAUCCACAAGGCACGGAGUGCACAGGUAAGACUUCUUCCCCCUCAUUCCCACACUAACUAGAUUCACCGGCAGAAUUUAAUACAUUGACUGCCUCUGAGAGACCAUCUAUACUGUGCCAAGAAAUCUACCUAUAGCUAUAAAGCAGAGUUGUGAGGACCCCUUAAGGACCAAGUAUAACACUUGUCAUCACAAUCUUAUUCUUAAAGACUUUAUACCAGUAUUGAAUGGAGAAGAUUCAUUGGAUAUACCCUGUGUAAUAUAGCAGCGUUCUGGAAUGAUGGGUUCAUAAUUUUUAUGUGGCUCCAGGUAUUCCUUUUCUUUGAAUACUUUGUGUUGCAGACAUUGAUGAAUGUAGCUCCGAACAACAACUCUGCUCCAGUGGUCAGUGCCAGAAUACUCCCGGCAGCUACCGCUGCCUGUGCUUAUCCGGAUUCACCCUCAGCCCACAGGGAACCAACUGCAUUGGUAACGUAUGACUCCCUGCUACUUGAAACUACUAGUGACAAUAUCUGUUGGGUGGAUGGAUGGAUGCAUGCAUAAAUGGUUGGAAGGAUCGGUGAAUGAAUGGAUCGAUGAAUGGAGAGGUGGAUGGAUCAAUGAAUGGACAGGUAAAUGGAUGGAAUCUAAAAAUGGACAGGUUAAUGGAUGUAUCUAUGAAUGAACAGAUGAAUGAAUGGAUGGAUGGAUCGAUGAAUGGACAGGUAAAUGGAUGGAUGGAUGGAUCUAUGAAUAGAUUGAUAGAUCGAUGAAUAGAUAGGUAAAUGGAUCAAUGAAUGGACAGGUGGAUGGAUCGAUGAAAGGACAGGUAAAUGGAUGGAUGGAUCUAAGAAUGGACAGGUGAAUGGAUGAAUCGAUGAAUGGACAGGUGAAUGGAUGAAUCGAUGAAUGGACAGGUGAAUGGAUGGAUCCAUGUAUGGACAGGUGAAUGGAUGGAUCGAUGAAUGGACAGGUAAAUGGAUGGAUCGAUGAAUGGACAGGUGAAUGGAUGGAUCUAUAAAUGGAUUGAUGGAUCGAUGAAUAGACAGAUGGAUGGAUCAAUGAAUGGACAGGUAGAUGGAUUUAAGAAUGGACAGGUGAAUGGAUGGAUCGAUGAAAGAAUAGGUAAAUGGAUGGAUGGACAGGUAAAUGGAAUGAAUGGACAGGUAAAUGGAUGGAUGGAUCUAAGAAUGGACAGGCAGAUGGAUGGAUCUAAGAAUGGACAGGCGAAUGGAUGGAUCGAUGAAGGGACAGGUGAAUGGAUGGAUCGAUGUAUGGACAAGUAAAUGAAUGGAUGGAUGAAUGGACAGGUGGAUGGAUGAAUGGACAGGUGAAUGGAUGGAUGGAUGAAUGGGCAGGUGAAUGGAUGGAUGGAUGAAUGGGCAGGUGAAUUGAUGGAUGAAUGGACAGGUGAAUUGAUGGAUGAAUGGACAGGUGGAUGGACGGAUCGAUGAAUGUACAGAUGAAUGGAUGGAUCGAUGAAUGGAUGAAUUCGUAGGUGGACAAAUGGACAGGUGAAUGGAUGGACAGGUGAAUGGAUGGAUGGAUCGAUGAAUGGACAGGUGAAUGAAUGGAUGGAUCGAUGAAUGGACAGGUGGAUGGAUGGAUCAAUGAAUGGACAGGUGGAUAUAUGGAUCAAUGAAUGGACAGGUGGAUGGAUCAAUGAAUGUACAGGUGAAUGGAUGGAUAGAUGAAUGGAUGGAUCGAUAAAUGGACAGGUGAAUGGAUUGAUGGAUCGAUAAAUGGACAGGUGAAUGGAUUGAUGGAUCGAUAAAUGGACAGGUGAAUGGAUUAAUGGAUCGAUAAAUGGACAGGUGAAUGGAUUGAUGGAUGGAUGAAUGGACAGGUGAAUGGAUGGAUGAAUGGACAGGUGAAUGGAUCUUUGAAUGGACAUGUGAAUGGAUGGAUCUUUGAAUGGACAGGUGAAUGUAUAGGUCUUUGAAUGGACAGGUGAAUGGAUGAAUGGAUUGAUGGAUCAAAAAAUGGACACGUGAAUUGAUGGAUGAAUGGACAGGUGAAUUGAUGGAUGAAUGGACAGGUGGAUGGACGGAUCGAUGAAUUGUACAGAUGAAUGGAUGGAUGGAUGGAUGAAUGGAUGAAUUCGUAGGUGGAUGGAUGGAUGGAUGAAUGGACAGGUGAAUGGAGGUAUGGAUGAAUGGACAGGUGAAUGGAUGAAUAAAUGAACAAGUAGAUGGAUGGAUGGAUUGAUGAAUGGACAGGUGAAUGGAUGGAUGAAUGGACAGGUGAAUGGAGGUAUGAAUGAAUGGACAGGUGAAUGGAUGAAUAAAUGAACAAGUAUAUGGAUGGAUGGAUCUAUGAAUGGACAGGUGAAUGGAUGGAUGAAUGGAAAGGUAAAUGGAUGGAUGAAUGGACAGGUGAAUGGAGGUAUGAAUGAAUGGACAGGUGAAUGGAUGAAUAAAUGAACAAGUAGAUGGAUGGAUGGAUUGAUGAAUGGACAGGUGAAUGGAUUGAUGGAUGGAUCUAUGAAUGGACAGGUGAAUGGAUGGAUGGAUAAAUGGACAGGUGAAGUGAUGGAUGGAUGAAUGGACAGGUGAAUGGAUGGAUGGAUCCAUGGACAGAUGAAUGGACGGAUCGAUGAAUGGAUGGAUCGAUGGAGAAUGGACAGGUGAAUGAAUGGAUGGAUCCAUGGAUGGACAGGUGAAUGGAUGGAUCCAUGAAUGGGCAGGUGAAUGAAUCAAUGAGUGAAUGGAUGGGUCCAUGAAUGGAUAGGUGAAUGGAUGGAUGGAUUGAUUAAUGGAUUUAAUGGAUUAAUGACUGGACAGGUGAAUGGAUGGAUCUAUGAAUGGAAAGGAGACUGGAUGGAUGGAUGAAUGGACAGGUGAAUGGAUUGAUGGAUCAAUAAAAGGACAGGUGAAUGGAUGUAUGGAUGCAUGAAUGAAUGAACAGGUGAAUGAAUGGACAGGUGAUUGGAUCGAUGGAUCUAUAAAUGGACAGGUGAAUGGAUGGAUGAAUGGACAGGUGAAUGGAGGUAUGGCUGAAUGGACAGUGUAGCGGGCCUGCUGACAACUCGCCCAGUUGUCCUUGUUCAGCCACGUCUUGUCCCUGGAAGGGAAUCAGUUAUAGUACGGAGAGACCCACCCAGUAACCGGAACGACACACAGUCCUGGGAGGUACAACAACAACUUUUUUGGCCACACUCAACUUUAUACUUUCACCAUGCAAGGGGUGGAUCACAUAUAACGAAAUGUCCCCUCCGAGGGUUCUUCCCCUCCCAGGGGUCGCAUAACGGAACCGGGACCCCAAUCCCUUUGUCCCCUGUUCCCGCCACUCGGUAUCCCCUCCCAGGGUCCUUGCCCUCCCAGGGGUCUCCUGACGGAACCAGAACUCCAGUCCUUUUGUCCCCUGUACCCGCCACCCAUCCUCAGGGUUUCCCACCUCCGGUGACCAGGGGGUCUUUAUCCCAUGAACCUCUGUACCUGGGAGUCCCAGUGUGGGAAUGCUUCCCGCCUCUGUGACUCCCAGUCACAGAAAGUCCGCCAAACCGCCAUUGUCCCCGCCAAUCUCAGGGACCCCCAGAACGUUAACAGCCUCCGCUCGUGGGGUACCUGGGUGAAGCUGUAGUAGAUUAUUUUCUGCAAACCAAUUAGUUUGAAUGACUAUCUGUUCCUGUCCAAAUUAAAGAUAAUAAAGUUGCGUGCACGCAGAAGUAAAUUCACACUGAAUCACAGAGUUCAGGUUAAUGAAAGAACUUCGGAGAAGUUUAAUGGCUUCUAACAGAAAAUGGGUGCGCAGACCCUUAUAAAGGCAUUUUUACAUCACUGAAGAAUUAAAGAUAACAGCAAAUAGACACUAUUGAUUGGUCCAGGUGUUAAGUGGUUAGUUAGAUGCCCUCCCAUCCAGAGGUGAUGUCAUCCUUGACACGGGAGUGGACACAAGAUGUAGGCGCCAUCUUGUUAGCACGAGGUGUUCACUCGAUGGGAGGGGUGCUUUGGCAGCCAUUUUGAAUAGUUAGUAUUGUUAGUUUCAAGGUUCUUUUAGUAAAUACACAUUUUAUUAUUCAGCACAUUUCUUCCUGCCAAAGCAUUAGCUUAGAUAAUUUCUAUAAUUCUAUAAUUCUACAACAAAGCCAGGCAAGAGAAGUGCCUCCUUUUGGGGCACGAAUGCUUCCCUUGCGAUUUCACACUUAUGUUGCAAGUUGCCAACGUUCUAAAUGAUUGGUGUGAACACUCCAAGGGGCACUCGGGAGGUCCCCGUUUGAGAACCGGGUGAGAAGCAAUCCACGAAUGCUCGCGCCUAGGCUUCCCUUGCGGUUUGUGCUUUCGACACCUUGCAUUGUGUGAACGUUCUAAGACAACAUUCUAAAUGAGGUUUCGUGGUGGUCCCCGUCCGGGAAGCGAACAGAGCCCAUUCGCAUUGAGCUCUCCCGAAUGGGGAGAAGGUAAAACACACAAAUACAACACAAUACAGGGGAAACACAGGGAAUAUCUCAUAGCAAUUCACGAACAGGCAGUGGUCCCGCCACAGAUAGGUUAAUGGAUGGAUGAAUGGACAGGUGGAUGGAUCUAUGAAUGGAUUGAUGGAUCGAUGAAUGUAUGGAUGGAUCUAUGAAUGGACAGGUGAAUGGGUUGAUGGAUCGAUGAAUGGACAGGUGAAUGGAUUGAUGAAUGUAAUGGCUACCCAGGUAGUAAGGGGGUAUCUGCCGUUGGAGACGUCCUUUUAAUGGCAAGCUGCUGUGUAGUAAUGGAGUUCUUAUUUCCAUCCACGAGAUCCAAGGGUAGAGUCAGGCAUACUGUAAAAUGGAGCAGAGUAACUGUACAAUAAAUCCCCUUCCAAGAACGAGACAAGACUACGUUUUGAAGGGUCAAGCAGAACUGAUGUUUAUUGACAGGGGUCUCCUUUUAUGCAAUGCUGCCCUGGAAAGGGCUACACCUUCAUAAUUAACACAAUACCCAAUCACACACAUGGUACAACCCCCACGUCUCCUCCCCUCAGAUAAACAUUUAACAUAAUUAUAACACACACAAUUUUACCCAAGUUCUGGAUGUACCCCAAAACCAGGGGGUACACCCUUAAAUCCAGUAUCCCCAGAUAGCUCUUGUUCAGGGGAACAACUUAUCAAAAAUCCAGCUCAUUUGGUUAAAGCGUUCGGGAGUUAUGGGUCUUGACCGACCGCACAGACUUUCUAGCCGAAAAUAGUUCCACAAGUUUUGGCCUUGCGGUCGGUCCCCGUUCGUGCAUUGAAAACACACGAAAAUCUUGCCAUCCACAGCUAUCUUGACGUUCGCCGGAAUCCCCAUGCAUGGUUUAAUCUUUCUACCGAACGGCCAGCUGUUCGGUAGUUUCAGCACGAAUCUACGUUGUCACGGAGGUCUCAGCGGUGUUCGCCUGUUUGCAUAUCCGUUUUUAGUUCCACACGAUUGAUGGCAAAACACCGCUGUUCGUGCGUAAGAUGACCGCAAACACGUGCAAAGUCUCGAAAUGGCGGCCACCUAUACUUUACACAAAGGAUUCGUGCUGAACCAUGCGAACGGCUGUGUCAGUCUGGGAGUUAAAAUAUCACUUAACUUUACUUCAGGGUGGUCCGGUGUUCGGUAGUUUGGAUUCGUUUGGGGCAAUAGUGGUUCGCAUAAAACAGGCAAGUUGGUUCUUUUGUAUAUCCAGGUUAUGUAUUGUUAAAGGAGUCCAGGCAGAAAUUGUAAUCCUGUUACAAUGAAUGAAUGGAUGGAUCUAUGAAUGGAUUGAUGGAUGGAUGAAUGGACAGGUGAAUGGAUUGAUGGAUGGAUGAAUGGACAGGUGAAUGAAUGGAUUGAUGGAUGGAUGAAUGGAUGGAUCGAUAAAUGGACAGGCUAAUGGAUUGAUGGAUCGAUGAAUGUACAGGCGAAUGAAUUGAUGGAUGGAUGAAUGGACAGGUGAAUGGAUACACAAAUGUAAUUACAGAUAUAUGUUCAUGUGUCAAGGACCUUGUCGUUUUUGUAAGGCGGUAUAUGAAAUUUAAAUAGUCCUGCACCUGGCAUACCCGGGGCGUUUUGCCAUCCUCCAGACUCCAGUUGGCCAGUGGUUGAACCAUAUGGAAUUUUAUAUCUAGAUCACACUCGUGGACUUACUGUGUGUUGUGCUUGUUAUAUCUCAUCUUUAUUAGACAUUGAUGAAUGCCGUCUAACCACAAGACGUUUGUGCCAGAAUGGCCGCUGUGAAAAUACUCCUGGAAGCUUUCUAUGUGUCUGUCCAGCAGGAUUUGCUGUAAAUACUCAGGGCACAGAUUGCCAAGGUGAGUUAAUGCUCACUUCACUCCUUCACAAUAACACUAGAAGGGUGUUACUUAGGGCCCCUAUUCGCCGCUCAUGGGUGGAGCCGGAGGGGAGACAAUAGGUCUGCCCCUUUUUGUCACUUAGGGCCCCCACGCACCGCUCAUGGGUUUUGGUCAGUGCGGUAGACAAUAGUGCCCCCCCUUUUGUGACUUAGGACCCCCACCUGCCACUCAUAGGUGGGAGCCAGGGGGAGACAAUAGGUGUUUCCCCCUUUUGUCUCUUGGAACCCCCAACAGUCGAUCGUGGGUGGGGAGCCGGAUGAGGGGAGACAAUAGGUGUCAUCCUCCUUUGGUCACUUAAGUCACCCACCCGCUGCACAUUUUUACUUAGUAUUAGUAAAGUUGGCUGAAAGAUCAAUUUUGGUCUUUACGCUUUUUAGUAGAUAGCUCCCUAAUACUAUGGGAAUUAGGCAACUAUCUACUAAGCAGCUGCAAGAUGCAGCCGCAGCAAGAAUCGGAUUGGAAUUGCAUUAUUUUGGAUUAAAUUCCAAAUAGAAAAAAAUUACAGAAUUUCGUCUCAACACGAAUGGUCAAAUUGUACACAUUCUGUUAGGACUAAAUAUGGUGAAUUCUCCAGCCCCCAGUCUACAUGACAGGACGUUCAAAAGGUGAAUGAAGCAACACGAAGGAGGGAACAUUUUCUUUGACCACUGGAAAUGGAGCUGAAUUAGGCUCCUCCUUUUAAAGAAAACUAGAUCAGAUAGGAAGAAAAGAAGAACAGAUUCUGAGAGAGAAAAAGGAAGCGAUUGGGGAAAGGUUACUUGGGCAUGACAGUGCCGCUUUAAAGGACUUCUUGUUCUCAAUGCUAUAUUUAGGGAUUGUGGGCGUCCUGCUGCAAUAGUGUAAUUACGUUCUACACGUGGACUUUACAUUCCAGUAAUUUUACUGGUGUAUGAUAUAAUUUCAGUGUUAUUAUUAUUAUUGCCAUUUAUAUAGAGCCACCAGAUUCCGUAGCUUUACAAUAUUAUAAGGUGGGGGUGGGGGAUUUAGCUAUAAAUAGGACAAUUACAAGAAAACUCACAGGAACGAUAGGUUGAAGAGGACCCUGCUCAAACGAGCUUACAUUCUAUAGGAGAUUGACUAGAAUCAUGCUAAUAGCUCAUAACUGGUUCUACUGAUUCAAAUGGAGGUUUAUGGUUAUCAUUAGACCUCCAUGGAAUAUGUCAUAAACUGUGAUUCCCAUCAUCUUCAGAAAAAAAAGGUUUUCAUAUAAAUGCAUUUGUUUUAUGCCAAAUAUGUGUCUUCCCCAACACAGACAUAGAUGAAUGUCGCCAGACGCCUCGUCUGUGCGGUUCUGGUAGAUGCCAGAACACUCCCGGAAGUUACCGCUGCUCCUGCUCAUUGGGUUACCGAAUGACACCGCAAGGCAGUGACUGCAUUGGUAAGGACAGGCUAAGGAAAGAAACACGUUACUGUCAUUAGUACACUGGGACCCUGGGAGGGACUGACCAUUAAACAUGUCACUGUCAUUAGUACACCGUGACCCUGGGAGGGACUGACCAUUAAACAUGUCACUGUCAUUAGUACACUGUGACCCUGGAAGGGACUGACCAUUAAACAUGUCACUGUCAUUAGUACACUGUGACCCUGGGAGGGACCGACCAUUAAACAUGUCACUGUCAUUAGUACACUGUGACCCUGGGAGGGACUGACCAUUAAACAUGUCACUGUCAUUAGUACACUGUGACCCUGGGAGGGACUGACCAUUAAACAUGUCACUGUCAUUAGUACGCUGUGACCCUGGGAGGGACUGACCAUUAAACAUGUCACUGUCAUUAGUACACUGUGACCCUGGGAGGGACUGACCAUUAAACAUGUCACUGUCAUUAGUACACUGUGACCCUGGGAGGGACUGACCAUUAAACAUGUCACUGUCAUUAGUACACUGUGACCCUGGGAGGGACCGACCAUUAAACAUGUCACUGUCAUUAGUACACUGUGACUCUGGGAGGGACCGAUCAUUAAACAUGUCACUGUCAUUAGUACCCUGUGACCCUGGGAGGGACUGAUCAUUAAACAUGUCACUGUCAUUAGUACCCUGUGACCCUGGGAGGGACUGACCAUUAAACAUGUCACUGUCAUUAGUACCCUGUGACCCUGGGAGGGACUGACCAUUAAACAUGUCACUGUCAUUAGUACGCUGUGACCCUGGGAGGGACAGACCAUUAAACAUGUCACUGUCAUUAGUACACUGUGACCCUGGGAGGGACAGACCAUUAAACAUGUCACUGUCAUUAGUACACUGUGACCCUGGGAGGAACUGACCAUUAAACAUGUCACUGUCAUUAGUACACUGUGACCCUGGGAGGGGCUGACCAUUAACCAUGUCACUGUCAUUAGUACACUGUGACCCUGGGAGGGACUGACCAUUAAACAUGUCACUGUCAUUAGUACACCGUGACCCUGGGAGGGACCGACCAUUAAACAUGUCACUGUCAUUAGUACACUGUGACCCUGGGAAGGACCGACCAUUAAACAUGUCACUGUCAUUAGUACACUGUGACCCUGGGAGGAACUGACCAUUAAACAUGUCACUGUCAUUAGUAUACUGUGACCUUGGGAGGGACUGACCAUUAAACAUGUCACUGCCAUUAGUACACUGUGACCCUGGGAGGGACUGACCAUUAAACAUGUCACUGUCAUUAAAAUUUAUAGUAUGUCCGGUUCCAUAUCUAAUACCCAAUGUCUGUUUCCUUUAUGUUAACAGAUAUCAAUGAAUGUGAGAAUCCAGCCGUCUGUAUUGGGCAGGAAUGUGUUAACACUCUGGGGUCCUUCGAAUGCCGCCACUGCCUUCCUGGGUACAAACUUCAGAACCGGCGCUGCGUUGGUGGGUACCAACUUUCUGAAAUUCAGGGCUCAUUGGAUGUUCGGAAUCUGUUUGUAGCAGAGAUUCUGUCCCCACGCCAGUCUCCCACUCUUUGUAUUUCUUUCUAGAUCAAGACGAGUGCAUUCAGUCCGUCUGUGGACCCAUCGGAAAAUGUAUCAACACUGCGGGCUCCUUUAUUUGCGAAUGUUUUCCCGGAUUUCAACUUGAUAGUCGCAGGACUAAUUGUACAGGUCAGAAGAAGCAGUUAUUAUUAUUAUCAGUAUUUAUAAAGCAACAACAUAUUUCACAGCACUCCACAAUGGCAAACAAAACAUCUAUUUAAUUACAAAUUACAAGAAAGCAACUUAGGAAAGUGUGGUGUGAUUACAGGAAGGGAAGACGUAAAGUGAAUGUAUCCAUAUAGAAGAUAAUUGCUAUGUGUAUUAACAAUACACACUAUAUAAACAUCAUUGAUACGAGGCACCAACAUGUUCUGCAGCGCAUUACGGUUUCACAAAAGGGAUAAAACCGCUAACAAGACAAACGUUUAGAGAUAACAAUAAGUAUUGGAUAUUAAUGAGCACUGAAUGCUCCGUAUUGCCCAGGAGUCCCCGAUCACUCGUCAGUCCGUAUCCUCUAUGGGCUACCACCGAUUCUGUGAGCUUUAAAGAAUGGUCUCCAGUCUAAACAAGGUCUCUGCAUUGCAUCAUUCAUAGAUUGUGCAGGUUGAAUUGAAAGAUCUUUAUAAACUGGAUGGGGGUACACAGAGAACAAGAGGUAAUCAUGGGUCUAGCUGUUCGCAGAGUUAGCCUCUUGGGACCUGUUUAAGUUGUGUAUAUUUCUAUAAAAUAAGAAUGACGAGAUUUGAACAUGAAGGUUGCUUAUUUCUGGUCCGUUAAAUCUUACAAUUUAAAACGUUGUUUCCCUUUAGAUAUUAAUGAGUGUCUGGAAGGUGAAUAUUGCUUCCCACACGGGGAGUGCCAGAACACGGAAGGUUCUUACACGUGUGUGUGUGCCGAGGGUUACGUGCUGUCUCCUGGUGGUACUUCCUGCAUUGGUAUGUUCACAGUGACUAAUAGGGAAAGAGACAAAUGGAGAUGGGGAGAGAGAGAGAAUGAGGAAUAACAUGGCAGGAUGUGAAGGAGACAGAGCUGCAAUGGUUAAAGGGUGGCGCUGGACAUCACAGCCCUUCAGGAGAUUUUACAAGCUCAGCAUUAAGUUGUGAUGGUCGUUGUGAAGUUGCAUUCUUCUGUUGUUCUAGAAAUUUCUAUGAUACUGUAACGACUACUGAAAGAACAUUAGCCAAUCAAAGAAACGAUUAGAACAGGACACUGCGGCUACCUAACUCCACACUGAGUCAGAAAUGAACACAAUUACAUUUAGUGGAAUAAAUGAAUACAUUUAGUUUUGGUAAUAGGAGCAGGAUUGUGUUUUUACCUCUUGCCUUCCCAAAACAUCUGCUACCAUUUCCUAAUAAAUCUCUUACAGAUGUCUCUUUUAAGCACCAGUCUCUAAAUUCAGGUUAAUUAUAAUUUAAUUUGAAAACUAUGUAAUGCUUUCUGGAGGGUAUAUUAUUGUUAGAGUAAAAGAAGCCUAUUUCAUAUAUAGUGUGACCAGCAAUAGCUUAGCUAAAUAUUUCUGCCUCUGUGUAAAUACGAGUCAAGUCAUGACGUGUAGCUUCGUGCCAUUAGUGUGUCACGGUGUGUAGCUGUGUAUCAUGAUGUGUAUCGGUAUUUUACUAUGUGUUGUUGUGUGUCACGGUGUAUAGUUGUGUGUCACGGUGUGUAGCUGCGUGUCACAGUGUGUAGUUGUGUGUCACGGUGUGUAGCUGCGUGUCACAGUGUGUAGUUGUGUGUCAUGGUGUGUAGCUGUGUGUCACGAUGUGUUGCUGUAUAGUUGUUUUUCAAGGUGUAUAGCUGUGUGUUACGGUGUGUAGCUGUGUGUUACAAUGUGUAGCUGUGUGUCAUUGUGUGUAGCUGUGUGUCAUUGUGUGUAGCUGUGUAUCAUUGUGUUUAGUUGUGUAUCAUGGUGUGUAGCUGUGUGUCAUGGUGUGUAGCUGUGUAUCAUUGUGUGUAGCUGUGUGUCAUGAUUUGUAGCUGCGUGCCAUAAUGUGUAGUUGUGGCAAGGUCCGUACUGGGAAUCCCCAGUUUAGGGAUUGUAACUGGCAGGAAGGAAUGAUAAAGAUCUAGACCAGGGGUAGGCAAACUACAGCACUCAAGGUUGCGAAAGCCAAACAGGUAUGGGCCUCUCUACUAGUGGUGAUUGCAGGUGGUGAGGGGCAAUCAUUAAUUUACCCAUUGCAGCGCUUAGAGGAAGUGAUCUUAGAUCACUCCAUCCCAACACUUAUGAACGGGAACCUGCACUGGAGUAGAGCAGUCCGCAGCAGGUAUCACAGAUUUUGACCUGCAGCUGGCGAACCCGUUGCCCACUGUAUCUCAGAGAAGCCACCCACACUGCUAAAUAUACACAGAGCUGCAAAGAAAGCCUUCCUUUUAUACAAAUAAUAUAAAUAGCCCACACACACACACACAGAGUCACCACAACACCAAUGACAAUCCACAUACACACACAUAACCUCACAAGCAGCACCUCACAUGCAAUACUCCAAGCAGCCCCACACAUAUACACACUACCAAAAACAUAUAUCAUCCUCACAUAUACACACCACCAAACAAAUAUACACACUACAGACACAUAUACACACCACCAAACACAUAUAUCAUCCACACACACACACACAAUUCCACAAGCAGCCCCCAUAUACACAGCCCACAUUUCUAGGUAUCAUAUACAAUAUCACAAACUACUUAUGAAUAUAUGCAAUAUAACAGCCCCCAUACACACAAAUACUAUGGUACAAAGCAAAUGCAGCGCCAAUAAAUAACACAAGCAGAAUACGGUAACACACAUCUUAAGUUUAAAGGGACACUAUAGUCACCUGAACAACUUUAGCUUAAUGAAGCAGUUUUGGUGUAUAGAACAUGCCCCUGCAGCCUCACUGCUCAAUCCUCUGCAAUUUAGGAGUUAAAUCCCUUUUGUUUAUGAACCCUAGUCACACCUCCCUGCAUGUGACUUGCACAGCCUUCCAUAAACACUUCCUGUAAAGAGAGCCCUAUUUAGGCUUUUUUUAUUGCAAGUUCUAUUUAAUUAAGAUUUUCUUAUCCCCUGCUAUGUUAAUAGCUUGCUAGACCCUGCAAGAGCCUCCUGUAUGUGAUUAAAGUUCAAUUUAGAGAUUGAGAUACAAUUAUUUAAGGUAAAUUACAUCUGUUUGAAAGUGAAACCAGUUUAUUUUUUCAUGCAGGCUCUGUCAAUCAUAGCCAGGGGAGGUGUGGCUAGGGCUGCAUAAACAGAAACAAAGUGAUUUAACUCCUAAAUGACAGUGAAUUGAGCAGUGAUAUUGCAGGGAAAUGAUCUAUACACUAAAACUGCUUUAUUUAGCUAAAGUAAUUUAGGUGACUAUAGUGUUCCUUUAAAAAAUUGGGCCGGCACACCAAGGGACUUCAAGAUCCUGUUUUGGCACAGUACUACAAAAAGGCUGCCUACCCGUGAUUUAGACGUGAAGUAAUUAUUUUUAAUUCCCCAAAUUAGAUCAAGAUGAGUGUCAGCUUGGAACGCUUUGCCAGGGAGGACGAUGCAGCAACACCCAGGGCUCCUUCCAAUGUGUUUGUCCCAGAGGAUUCAGAGCCACUGCCAACAAGGCAACCUGUGCAGGUGAGAUACAUGCAGGAAUCUGGGCACAGCCUCACACAGCCAAUCAGGAAGACUAGGGCACAGCAUGCAAAAUGUGGACCCACAUCACUGAGAGUGGGCAAAGGGCCCAGUGUGACUGCCUGGAGCUCUGGACAGGUUUCUAGAUAGUCUUUAAAUUGCUUUGACUUGUUAAUUCCGAUUCAGCCCACACGUGACAUGGCAGAGAGGGCUUUAAUAGACCAGAUUCACUACUUGAUUUCUUCCCAGAUAUUGACGAAUGUCAAGAGAGAGAAGCAUCUAUCUGCGGCACUCAAAAAUGUGAGAAUACGCUGGGAUCCUACCGAUGCAUCUCUGAGUGUGAUAAUGGAUACAGACGUACUGCGUCAAAUGACUGCGCAGGUAACAUGUCUCCCCUCGGCAGAACUGCGUUAUUCUCUUUAUAUGAAGUUUCAGCCUUGAUAUUCAAAAAUGUACAUCUUGGAUUUCAAUAGAUAGAGAUGUACUACAAUCUUUUUUUUUUCUGGACCAAAUAAAAACCAAAUCAUCCACUCUCUUAUUUCUGUGAAUGCAAAGCAGUUUUGCAUUUAAGUCCUCCAUCUUGUAUCAGUAAGAGUGUGACAAUAGUUCGUCACUCUGUGUCUCCUCCAUCUUGUAUCAGUAAGAGUGUGACAAUAGUACGUCACUCUGUGUCUCUUCCAUCUUGUAUCAGUAAGAGUGUGACAAUAGUACGUCACUCUGUGUCUCCUCCAUCUUGUAUCGGUAAGAGUGUGACAAUAGUACGUCACUCUGUGUGUCCUCCAUCUUGUAUCGGUAAGAGUGUGACAAUAGUUCGUCACUCUGUGUCUCCUCCAUCUUGUAUUGGUAAGAGUGUGACAAUAGUUCGUCACUCUGUGUGUCCUCCAUCUUGUAUCAGUAAGUGUGACAAUAGUACGUCACUCUGUGUGUCCUCCAUCUUGUAUCAGUAAGAGUGUGACAAUAGUACGUCACUCUGUGUGUCCUCCAUCUUGUAUCAGUAAGAGUGUGACAAUAGUACGUCACUCUGUGUGUCCUCCAUCUUGUAUCGGUAAGAGUGUGACAAUAGUUCGUCACUCUGUGUCUCCUCCAUCUUGUAUCGGUAAGAGUGUGACAAUAGUUCGUCACUCUGUGUGUCCUCCAUCUUGUAUCAGUAAGAGUGUGACAAUAGUACGUCACUCUGUGUCUCCUCCAUCUUGUAUCAGUAAGAGUGUGACAAUAGUACGUCACUCUGUGUGUCCUCCAUCUUGUAUCAGUAAGAGUGUGACAAUAGUACAUCACUCUGUGUCUUCUCCAUCUUGUAUCUGGGAGUGUGGGAUUGCAGUACAUCUCUGUGUGUCCUCCAUCUUGUAUCUUUGAGUGUGAGAAUGGUAUAUCACUCUGUUGGUCCUCCAUCUUGUAUGUGUGAGUGUGGAAUUGCAGUACGUCACUCUGUGUGUCCUCCAUCUUGUCUCUUUGAGUGUGAGAAUGCUAUAUCACUCUGUGUGUCCUCCGUCUUGUAUCUUUGAGUGUGAGAAUGCUAUAUCACUCUGUGUGCACUCCAUCUUGUAUCUUUGAGUGCGAGGAUGGUAUAUCACUCUGUUGGUUCUCCGUCUUGUUUCUUUGAGUGUGAGAAUGGCAUAUCACUCUGUGUGCACUCCAUCUUGUAUCUUUGAGUGCGAGGAUGGUAUAUCACUCUGUUGGUUCUCCGUCUUGUAUCUUUGAGUGUGAGAAUGGUAUAUCACUCUGUGUGCACUCCAUCUUGUAUCUUUGAGUGCGAGGAUGGUAUAUCACUCUUUUUUUUUUCUCCGUCUUGUAUCUUUGAGUGUGAGAAUGGCAUAUCACUCUGUGUGCACUCCAUCUUGUAUCUUUGAGUGCGAGGAUGGUAUAUCACUCUGUUGGUUCUCCGUCUUGUAUCUUUGAGUGUGAGAAUGGUAUAUGACUCUGUGUGCACUCCAUCUUGUAUCUUUGAGUGCGAGGAUGGUAUAUCACUCUGUUGGUUCUCCGUCUUGUAUCUUUGAGUGUGAGAAUGGUAUAUCACUCUGUGUGUCCUCCAUCUUGUAUCUUUAAGGGCGAGGAUGGUAUAUCACUCUGUGUGUCCUCCAUCUUGUAUCUUUGAGUGCGAGGAUGGUAUAUCACUCUGUUGGUCCUCCAUCUUCCCCUUGCAUAUUCAGGGCAAUAUUACAUGCUUAUAAGUGUGUCCUGUGUGUUAAAAGUUCAUAUUAUAGUUAAUGAAAGUCUGUGUGGUUUAUUCUGGUUACAGAUAUUAACGAGUGCUCCAAUGCAACUAUUUGUGGCGAUAAUGCAAAGUGUGAGAAUGUGAUUGGCUCCUACCGAUGUACAUGUAACUUGGGCUAUGAAACGUCUACCGAGGGGCACUGCGUUGGUACGUCACUGAAAGCGAGCACUCUCUGAGCAUGCUGGUUAACACUGUUAUCAAAAUGGGUUGCCCCUAUAGAAUUUCUUAAUAACCCCCUUCACAAGAAAUGAUUUUUGUCUAUAGACUUUUCCGACACUCUUUUACAAAAAAUAUACAAAAUAAUUUUAGUUCUGUGCUGGAAUAUCACUAAAUAAUAGUAAAGAUGUGGCAGCAGGUGCCUGGUAGUAGAAUAUUAUGGUAUCGAUACCACAAAGCCAUCUAAAUUGAAAAUAAGUCAAAAUGGCAAUAAACCAUUCAGACCUUUAAGGGCAAAAUGCAGCCAUUCGAUAUCAGAAUUCCAUUUGAUAUCAGGUAAAAUAUAAAUACCUGGAAUGUAAAAAAGACUCAAAUCAAUUACGGUCAACUUUUCUAACAUCUGUUUCACAAAAUUGUCCCCAAAUAAUUACCCAUUAAACAUGAUCACUACAUACAUGGGAUAUGUAAAACAAGCCAAUAACAAUAAAUAGACAGCCUUUAAAGCUUCGUUUCCUUCUAACAAUAGAUGUGCUCAAUGCUGUAUGGGUUGACAGGUACCUGUGACACUCUGGGGUAAAAGACUAUGUCUCCCAAUAAUGCAAAUAAUUUAGAUUUAUUCCUAUCACGUUAUUUUGCAGAUAUUGAUGAAUGUUUGGAAUAUGGAAAUUCGAUCUGUGGGGCAUCACAUUGUGAAAACACUCCGGGCCACUUCAAGUGUGUGACUGAUUGUCUGACUGGUUAUCAGCUCUCUGCCUCGGGAGAAUGCACAGGUGAGUUGAGCUCCAGUAGAAGUGUCAGCGGGGACAAGACAUGGGUGGUCCUUAGUCACGUCCGUGUUUGGCCCCUUUUAAUGCAGCAUGGAUAAGGCUUUAAGUCCCCGGGAGAAGGGGAUAAGCUGUGGAUUCGCUGCUGAUUAUUCCUCUGGUACUCAGAGGAUCUAAAGCAAGACCAGGAAGGCCUUCAGUUCUGAUUAAUGAGCCGUUCAUGUGAUAAAAUGAGGCGGUUGUGCGUCUUUGACAUCUGAGGCCUGUUCUCUUCUCCUGUAUGGUUCUGGCGCUUUAACUGUUAUCUCACACAGACAAUUACAGUUGUUUACCAAUAUUUUUUUACAUUAUGAUUACUUAUUAGCUAUAUUUAUCACUUAUAUGUUUUAUAUUAUGAUUAUUUAUUAGCUAUAUUUAACACGUAUGUUUGUGAAGUCUGACAAUAUAAAGAUAUAUACAGUAUAUAAAUCCACACUGUUCUAUUUACCUCUAUCCUGAAACUGAGAAACUCUGUAUUAGCUCCCUGUCAAUCAUUAUUAUAAGCCCCACCCUUUUCUGUCAAAUAAAUGUAUUACCUGUGCUGGAAUGUAAUAUCGGAUGCUAAAUCUUUAGUUAUAGGUGAUUUUCAAUGUUUUUGUUAAAUGGCGCAAUUUUUAGACAAGUGGGAUCUCUUGUUUAAUAUCUCCUAGUAGUCUGUUAUUUUCUGUUAACUCUGUCUGCACCUGUCUGUGUUCCGCAGAGUUUAAUCCACGUAUCCGCACUGGAUUGCCUAUCGCAGGUAUAUGAAGUAAUUAAUGAUGCUUCUAUGUUACAGAUAUCAAUGAGUGUCUGACCCUCCAAGGGGUGUGUGGGAGAGCUCUUUGCCAGAACACAGAUGGAUCAUUCUUCUGCAUCUGUCCUAACACCAAUGAAGAAUUCGACCCCAUGUCCGGGAAAUGUUUACGAACUGGAGACCCAGGUAAGGGACCUGUGUCUUCCAUCAGACCGCGCUACAGGCAUUCUCAUUAAAUCUUCAGACGUUCUGAGACGCUUUCUUUCCUCUCAGUGUUUUCUCAACGUCCCAGCUCACCCCGAAUCUUACCGUCAGGACCAUUGUCUGGCCAGAAUGAAUGCUACUACAACCUUGAAGACCCUAAUGUUUGUCAAAAUGUCCUGGCAAGAAAUGUAACCCAUUCAGAAUGCUGCUGCAGCGUCGGCAAAGGAUGGGGACGGAACUGCCAGUUUCAGAGAUGUCCUGAGGUCGACUCAGGUGAGUGUGGGGGGGCAGAGAUUUACUGUAACAUUUAUAAACUACUACUAAAAAUAGACGUAGCUCUACCUGAACUCUAGAUUUUACAGGUAGAUGAAAGUCUUCUAUUCAUGAAUCUUAUAGAAUGCGAGAAUAGGUGCUAAUACGCUUGAUGUUUUUUCAGUGGAGUACCAGGAGCUGUGCCCCGAGGGUGUGGGGUAUAUUACAACAGGACAGGGGUAUAAAGGUAAGUAGUUAUCUGCCAAUACAUUGCACUGUGCCUACUAUUUGUACCUAGUGGAACCUUUCAAUUACCCUGUAAAUAACAAACAUCGACACCUGGGGCAACUUAAUUCCCGAUUAAAAAAAAGGAAUCUAGACAAUAAUAUGAUAUGUUUAAUAAUAUUUGUAGCUCAUAAAUGAGUGUAGUUUUAAUAUGGGUUAUGAGAAGUGACACCUGAAUAUUCCCGUGUGUUUAGUUAGUCCAGCAGUGACGGUGAAGCACGUUUAGAAAUGAUUGAGUAAGCUGUUCGGUCAUUACUGAAAAAGCAGAUUCAUUGAGCGUUAAAUGGAAUCUCUGAAUCCCUCACUGUAUUCUCCAAGAACAUUAACUUACUGCUGGAAAUUCCCCAGCAAGUCUUUCUUCAAAUGAAUACUUAGAAAUCGCCCACAUAUUCUGCAGCGCUGUACAGUGGGUAUACAAACAAAUCAAAAAGCACAUGUAAACAAUUCAGAAUCGAUUCGUUUGACGAUUGCCAGGAAUUGGAUUUGGACGAAUCACUUACACCAAAUUCUUGCAGAAGACCAGUGAAUUUUUAGUAAUACAAAGUGAGUUAAAAGUGAAUUCUGUUUGGAUCCCCAAAUUCUUUGAAAAGUAUUUUCAAUUCCCAGCUGUUCACACUGUAGCAAUUAACGCUUUGUUUAUGAGUAGGGCCGCUGUCAUCUUGAACAGACCUAGAACAACUUUCAUUAAACAUUGUUUGAAAAGUGAGGCGUUGGUGAAAACCUCUCGGUCUGUUUUAUGGUAAUUGUGUUGGUCCAUAUGGCAGUGAUACGUGUUUCUCUGACAGAUAUUGACGAAUGUGAAGUCUUCCGAAACCAAGUCUGCAAAGAUGGAAUCUGUGUUAAUAAAGUGCCGUUGUUUGCCUGCUACUGCGCUAAUGGUUACUAUUAUGAUCUACACCGAAUGCAGUGCGUUGGUAAGUCAUAGGGGCGGGGCUGACGCAGGUACCCCCUAUUAAGUUCACAUAUUACAGUGAGAGGCGUUAAACAAAAAUAUCUGAUUUGGCAAAAAUCUCCAGCACAGCAGCAGUUAACAGCUCAGCUAUUUUGAUAUGGCUUCCAGUUUGUGCGUUGUGGGACUGGUAAUACGUAUGCUUUCUCUGUGUUGGGACGCUGUAGUUUUCUGGCACGUUGCCAUGGCCAGGGCCAUUUGCUGCCUCAAAUGUAAAUUACUCCACCCACCCUCAUUUUUCUCAACCUAAGAAGCUCCUUCCUAGUUAAUAGGGGGUUCAUUUAGUAGGUGCUCACCUGCUGCCGAUGUGGUGAGAGAUGAGGAGGUGCAUUACUGCCCCCUCCUGGUUAAUAGAUAUUGUAGCAGCUCAUGCAGCCCGCCAGCUAGUUUUUGUUCUUUUUCUGAAAUUCGUUCCACAGCAAUUCCUUGGCUAGUCAGCUCCCGCUGGACCCCUGUUCGGGAAUUCCUUUUUUUAUUAAGUGAAUUUCUGAUUGUUUGUGUUUUAAAUUCUAUUUUAUUUUUAGUUUUAUGGACCCAUAAUAGCAGAAUUGAUGAAAGAGUUAUAAACUGAAAACUGAAUCAAAACAUUAUCAGCUAAAUUUCCAUCUGCAGAUCAAAUCUUUAGUGAAUAAAUUCCUUAACAUGUGGAAUUCUUUGUCCUUUGUUUAUUUAUUCACCCUAUAAAAAUGGUAUAAUUUAGUAAGCAGAACUGAUCCAUCCACAGAUAAUGAUGAAUGCCAGAAAGAAGAGGCUUGCGAGGGGGCUCAGUGUGUGAACACAGUGGGUUCCUAUCACUGUACCUGCAGUCCCCCGCUGGUGCUGGAUGCAUCACAACGGAGGUGUGUCUCCAACUCCAGCCAGUCUAUCGGUAAGUGAGGGAUGGUCCAGGUUGGGUACGGGUUCUAUGGAAUGUAGCGUAUAUGUAUAUAUGUCCCUGAGUAAUACAUACCAUCUAUUUAUCUGUUUACUCUUAGAGAGUAAUCUCGCAUUGUGCUGGCAAGAGGUUGGGGCGAAUUUGAUUUGUAGUCGCCCCCUACUGGACAGGCAGACAACAUACACCGAGUGCUGCUGUCUGUAUGGUGACGCCUGGGGAAUGGACUGCGCUUUUUGCCCAGCAAGAGAUUCAGGUAAUGACUCACUGUAUUUGUAACUUACUUAAACAUGGAGAGAGACCCCAGGGCUUACGUGCACGGUGGCUGGUAAAUCCCAGUUUAGCUCACCAUAAUGAUAAUAUUAAUCGUUAGCGGUUUUCCAGACACUCCAAUAUCCCCAAAUUUUGAAAGAUUGCCGGCUAGCUAGGCACUCAAACUACAGAUAAGUAACACUUUCCAGGAACCUCUUUAUUGUAAAUUACAAUGGAAAUUCGAUCACAUCCCCACAAAUGUGGGUAGGAGCAGAUAACAAGCAUCUCACUCCGGGGUUCUGAACAAACAAAUAAAUGCAAGCAGCUGUUCUGUUUGUGUAACACUCUGUUUAGCUCAGGUAUUGGGAUCGGUGAUUCCUUCUCUCAGGGUAUAGGAGCAUGCAAUAUUUAGAGAUUUGACGUGUGUGGGACUUAGUCUCUUGUUACACCUGAUCACAGCGGUGGAACUAAUGUAGAGAAGGCCCUGGUGAAUGAAAUUUUCUUGGGCCCCCUCUUACACAAGGGUGGCCAAACCGUAGAUCCCGAUCUGUCGUACAACUCCCACAAUGCUUUCAAAGUUGGGGAUCUACCAUUUGCCCAUCCUUGCAGGGUUGUAUAUUUGAAUGAAGGGCUGUUUGUAUACAAUUUUGGCAAUUUAACCCCUUAAGGACGGAGCCAAAUGUACACGUUGUGAACAAAACAAAAUGUAAACAAAACCUGGCAUUUGCGCUACAUGUCUGUCCAACCGUAAUUCACCUCUUUUUUAUUAAAUGCACCCACCCUUAUUAUAUAUCAUUUUAUUCAGGGGAAACAGGGCUUUCAUUUAAUAUCAAAUAUUUAGCUGUGAAACAUAAUUUAAUAUGAAAAAAAUGGGAGAAAAUAAGAUUUUUUUAGUUCUACAUGACAUUUUAACUGUCAAUGUCAUAAUACUGUUUGCUUUUACUGCAAUAAAAUACACAUAUUUGUAUUCAACAAAGUCUCACGUGUAAAACAGUACCCCCUAUGUACAGGUUUUAUGGCGUUUUGGGAAGUUACAGGGUCAAAUAUAGCGCGUUACAUUUGAAAUUGAAAUUCGCCAGAUUGGUUACGUUGCCUUUGAGACUGUAUAGUAGCCCAGGAAUGAAAUUUACACCCAUAAUGGCAUACCAUUUGCAAUAGUAGAUAACCCAAUGUAUUGCAAAUGGGGUAUGUCCAGUCUUUUUUAGUAGCCAUAUGGUCACAAACAAUGGCCAAAGUUAGCGUUAGUAUUUGUUUGUGUGUGAAAAAUGCAAAAAACGCCAAUUUUGGCCAGUUUUUGUGACUAAGUGGCUACUAAAAAAGACUGGACGUACCCCAUUUGCAAUACCUUGAGUUGUCUUCUUUUGCAAAUGAUAUGCCAUCAUAGGGGUAAUUUUCAUUCUUGGGCUACCAUAGGGUCUCAAAGGCACCGUAACCAAUCUGGCAAAUUUUAAUGUGAAAAAAAUGAAACACAAGCCUUAUAUUUGACGCUGUAACUUUUGAAAACACCAUAAAACCUGUACAUGAGGGGUAAGGUUGUUCUCGGGAGACUUUGCUGAACACAAAUAUUUGUAUUUCAAAACAGUAAAAAGUAUCGCAGCAAUAAUAUCGUCCGUGUAAGUGCUGUUUGUGUGUGAAAAAUGCGAAAAACGUCACUUUUACUGGCGAUAUCGUUGUAAUACAAUUUAUCAUUUUGAAUCACUAAUAUUUGUGUUCAGCGAAGUCUCCCGAGUACAACAGUACCCCCCAUGUACAGGUUUUAUGGUGUCUUGGAAAGUUAUAGGGUUAAAGAUAGUGCUAGCAAAUUAAAUUCCCUUUACUUUCGGCAUGGGUUGUCAGGCAGGUCCCGCUAAUUGUAAUUAAGUUACCUAAUUAUGUAAAAAUAUUACAUAAAUAUAUAUGUAGAAUUAAUAUAUGUAUAUAUAUAUACGUAUGUGUAUAUAUAUAUAUGUAUAUAUAUAUAUAUAUAUAUAUAAUUUUUUUUAAAUAUUUUUAUUUAUAUAUAGGUAUAUAUAUAUAUAUAUAAUGAUAUAUACAUAUAUUUAUGUAUAUAGAUAUAUAUAUUAUUUCGUUCUACGUGUAUUUUGAUAUAAAUGUAUAUAUAUUAAUAUCACAAUACAGUUAGAACGAAAUAACACACAUCUAUAUAUUUUUUAAUUAUUUAUUUUUAAUUAUUUUUUUAAUUUUAUUUUUUAACGUAUUUACAUAUUUUUUUAUAUUAUAUAUAAAUAUAUAUAUAUAUAUAUAACAAUAAUUAUAUAUAUAUUUAAUCAGUAUCAGUCUACGUGUAAUUUGAUAUUAAUAUAUAUAUAAUAACUUUUCCAUCCUUAUCGGACCUAUUAGAGCUACAACCAUUCAAUUAUACUACCAAGUCGGCCAUUACCAGCCAUGCACACUGCCUUUUAUGCCUUUCUCAGGCCAGAGAAUCCACUCCCAUAACCACCACUCAGACAGAUCAUUGUCUUCAACGAUCCCACGAAUGUAAACACAUAUCAUUACCUAUUGGCUCUACCACAUUCCGAAACGAGUCAACACGCACCAACAGUAGAGAUAACAUACUAUCCUACCCACAACAAAUGGUGUCCAGUUGCGGUCCUAGAUUCCUACCUUCAAAAAUCCUUCAAGGAAUUAAAUACCGUAAUGCAUUUAAGGAAAUGUCUGGUUAAUUUGUAUAUAUUGUUGACUGUAUUAAAUCUUUGAUUAUUCUUUUUGCCCUCUUUAUUUACAGGCCUACCGUAUCGUCGGUCUCGGCACACCACAACCGACUUGCUCCCUUUAUUCUAUCCUACGCUUAUGCUGGAACCUUACUCCAUAUACGGCUAUUUGCCCCGAACACAAGUGUAUAUAUAUAUAUAUACUUAGAUCAUAUAUAUAUAUGAUAUAUAUAUGAUUUAAGUAUAUAUGUAUUUUUUUUUUUUUUUUUACACUUUAUUAACAUUUAUUUUAUUUGAAUUCAGCCAGCAGGGGGACUAACUGUCACUACAGGCAGUCCCCCUGCUGGCAAUGCUGCAGCCAUCUAUCCCGGCCAUGUGAUUGUGAGGUCCUCGCAAGGACCACACUCUCACAUGGCCGGGGGGCUUCCAGGAGGUCGAACAUGACGCGGGGGGCUCCCUGAGAGUCCCCCCAACCGUGAUCGCCGGCGUGGGAUCACCGGCGGCUGGGUAUGUAAAAAACAAACGGAGGGCGUACUAUUACGCCCGGCGGCGUUUAGAGCCGCCUAAAAUAGGACGUAAUAGUACGCCCUCCGGUCUUAAGGGGUUAAUAAAGGGGUGUGUUUGCAUGUUAUGAAUGUGUUUAAUUGAAGGGGUGUGUUUGUAUUUAGUGUUUGUGUUUGAUUGCAGGGAUGUGUUUUUAUGUAGUGUUGGUGUUUGAUUGCAGGGAUGUGUUUGUAUGUAGUGUUGGUGUUUGGUUGCAGGGGUGUGUUUGUAUGUAGUGUUGGUGUUUGUAUGUGUUUGUAUGUAGUGUUGGUGUUUGGUUGCAGGGAUGUGUUUGUAUGUAGUGUUGGUGUUUGGAUGUGUUUGGAUGUAGUGUUUGUGUUUGAUUGCAGGGAUGUGUUUGUAUGUAGUGUUGGUAUUUGAUUGCAGGGAUGUGUUUGUAUGUAGUGUUGGUGUUUGGUUGCAGGGAUGUGUUUGUAUGUAGUGUUGGUGUGUGAAUGCAGGGAUGUGUUUGUAUGUAGUGUUGGUGUGUGAAUGCUGGGAUGUGUUUGUAUGUAGUGUUGGUGUGUGAAUGCUGGGAUGUUGUGACGAACCGCAGGCACUCCGACCGAGUACCUCCGCCAAUCGAUGCUCCUAGUGCUUGCCGAGCACUCCAACCGACACCAUCAGUACUGCGGACCCCACUUCCAGCAAUGCAGGUGUGCCGGGGUCUCGCCCACCCUGGAUCCACGACCAGGAUCCAGCUCCCAGUGGGUGAACCUCUCCUAAAUCCAGAGAGCGUAGCAGGAACAAAUCAAGCUCUUACAAGAGCUUACUCUGGGGAGUAAGUGAUUAUAGCAAUCCCCAGAGUGUAGGUAUCCCUUCCCCCAAGCAUGAGCCAAGGCUUCAAGAAAGGUGCAAGUAGGUCUGGUUUAUUGAGGGCUACCUGCCCGGUAUUUAUGCAUGUGUCCACCAGGUGGACACUCCCCCAGGGGACCUGAUGGAACAAUGGGACACAUAUUGGAUAUUAGCCAAUCACAGACAAUACAAACAAAAUACUCCCACAGUGACAUCACAAUCCCUCAUCUCUAUCCUGGAAAGAAUUGGGAAGUAAUCAAAUUAUCUCCCAGGACAGAGGCAACCACAUGGUUACAAAAAGACAUAAAAUUACACAAUGUUACAAUUACUACAUAAAACAUAUACAUGCAUACAUAUACCCAGAUAGCUUAGAUCUGAGUGCACAUUAUUAUUGAAUGGCACUCAGAUCACAUACAUACAGUUCAAUCGCCAUGGAGCCAAAGUGUUUUCCAUAGUCUUUCGUUACACGAAUAGGCUCCAUGGCAUAGCUAUCUGGGGUAGCACUACUCACAUACUGAAAGUCCCGAACGCCCCGGCAGAAAUACACAAAUAAACCUUUCUGCAGGGUGAAAUACAGCUAUCAGCACAUGGGCCAUAGUCGGAAGGCAGGAGGCUAGCCAGUAGUCCCCUCCAGGCACAAGUGGUGAAGGGCACUUCGCCACAGAUGUUUUUGUAUAUAGUGUUUGUGUUUGAUUACAGGGAUAUGUUUAGAUGUAGUGUUGGUGUUUGGUUGCAGGGAUGUGUUUGGUUGCAGGGAUGUGUUUGUAUGUAGUGUUUGUUUUUGAUUGCAAGGAUGUGUUUGCAUGUUGUUAUUAAUGGUAAAUUUUCAAGCUGGACAGAGGUGGCAAGUGGUGUCCCUCAGGGGUCUGUGCUGGGACCCCUUCUAUUUAACAUGUUUAUAAAUGAUCUUGAAGACCGCAUUGAAAGUCAUGUUUCAGUGUUUGCAGAUGACACCAAACUUUGUAAAACAAUACAAUGUGAGCAAGAUAUUACUUUGCUGCAGAGGGAUUUAGAUAGACUGGGGACUGGGCACUCAAAUGGCAGAUGAAAUUUAAUGUUGAAAAAUGCAAAGUUAUGCACACUUCGCUGCAAAGAAUACACACAAGCAACGCAUGUACCCUUAAUGAAAAGUUUAAAUUAGGAUAAAUAACAUUACGAAAAGGACUUGGGAAUUGUUAUAGACAACAAACUAUGCAACAAUGUGCAAUGUCAAUCAGCAGUGGCUAAGGCCAGUAAGGUAUUGUCAUGCAUGAAAAGGGCAUUCAUUCUCGACAAGAAUAUACCUUUGCCUUUAUAAAUCAUCACUGGUAAGACCCCAUAUUGAAUAUGCUGUGCAAUUCUGGGCACCUGUUCUAAAGAAGGAUAUUAUGGCACUAGAAAAAGUGCAGAGGCGGGCUACAAAAUUAAUAAAAGGAAUGGAACAUAUCGGCUACGAAGAAAGGUUAACAAAUUUAAACCUAUUUAGUUUAGAAAAACGUCGCCUGAGAGGGGAUAUGAUAACAUUAUACAAAUAUAUUCAGGGCCAGUACAAACCAUUGUGUGGAAAUCUAUUCACAAACCGGACUUUACAUAGGACACGCAGGCUGGGCGCGCUUAGACUGAAGAAAGAAGAUUUCGCCUAAGGCAAAGGAAAGGUUUUUUACUGUAAGAACAAUCAGGAUGUGGAAUUCUCUUGCCUGAGGAAGUGGUUUUAUCAGAGUCCAUACGGAGAUGUUCAACAACAACUAGAUGGCUACUCUGUAAAGAACAGAAUAUUCAAGGAUAUAAUCUUUCAAUGUAGGGUAAUAACUGCUUGAUCCAAGGAUAAAUCUGACUGCCAUUCUGGGGUCAAGUAAGCGAAUUUUUUCCCAGCUUGUUGCAAAAUUGUGCUUCAAACUGGGUUUUUUUGCCUUCUUUUGGAUCAACAGCAAAAAACAAAUGUGAGGUAGGCUGAACUUGAUGGACGCAAGUCUCUUUUCAGCUAUGUAACUAUGUAACUAUGUAUUGUCAUGCAUGAAAAAGGGCAUUCAUUCUCGGGACGAGAAUAUAAUUUUGCCUCUUUAUACAUCGCUGGUAAGACCCCAUAUUGAAUAUGCUGUGCACUUUUGGGCACCUGUUCUAAAGAAGGAUAUUAUGGCACUAGAAAAAGUGCAGAGGCGGGCUACAAAAUUAAUAAAAGGAAUGGAACAUAUCAGCUAUGAAGAAAGGGUAACACAUUUAAACCUAUUUAGUUUAGAAAAACGUCGGCUGAGAUAACAUUAUACAUUAUAUAUUCGGGGCCAAUACAAACCAUUGUGUGGAAAUCUAUUCACAAACCGGACUUUACAUAGGACACGAGGCUAUGCGUUUAGACUGGAAGAAAGAAGAUUUCGUCUAAGGCAAAGGAAAGGUUUUUUUACUGUAAGAACAAUCAGGAUGUGGAAUUCUCUGCCUGAAGAAGUGGUUUUAUCAGAGUCCUUACAGAUGUUCAAACGGCUACUAGAUGCAUACUUGCAAGAACAGAAUAUUCAAGGAUAUAAUCUUUCAAUGUAGGGUAAUAACUGCUUGAUCCAAGGAUAAAUCUGACUGCCAUUCUGGGGUCAAGAAGGAAUUUUUUUCCUAGCUUGUUGAAAAAUUGUGCUUCAAACUGGGUUUUUUGCCUUCUUUUGGAUCAACAGCAAAAAACAAAUGUGAGGUAGGCUGAACUUGAUGGAUGCAAGUCUCUUUUCAGCUAUGUAUCUAUGUAAUAUUUGUGUUUGAUUGCUGGGGUGUGUUUGUGUUUGAUUGCUGGGGUGUGUUUUGUGUUUGAUUGCUGGGGCGUGUUUGUGUUUGAUUGCUGGGGUGUGUUUUGUGUUUGAUUGCAGGGGUGUGUUUGUGUUUGUGUUUGAUUGCUGGGGUGUGUUUGUGUUUGAUUGCUGGGCUGUGUUUGUGUUUGAUUGCAGGGGUGUGUUUUGUGUUUGAUUGCUGGGGUGUAUUUUGUGUUUGAUUGCUGGGGUGUGUUUGUGUUUGAUUGCAGGGGUGUGUUUGUGUUUGAUUGCUGGGGUGUGUUUUGUGUUUGAUUGCUGGGGUGUGUUUGAUUGCUGGGGUGUGUUUUGUGUUUGAUUGCAGGGGUGUGUUUGUGUUUGAUUGCUGGGGUGUGUUUGUGUUUGAUUGCUGGGCUGUGUUUUGUGUUUGAUUGCAGGGCUGUGUUUUGUGUUUGAUUGCUGGGGUGUGUUUUGUGUUUGAUUGCUGGGGUGUGUUUUGUGUUUGAUUGCUGGGGUGUGUUUGAUUGCUGGGGUGUGUUUUGUGUUUGAUUGCAGGGGUGUGUUUUGUGUUUGAUUGCAGGGGUGUGUUUUGUGUUUGAUUGCAGGGGUGUGUUUGUGUUUGAUUGCUGGGGUGUGUUUUGUGUUUGAUUGCAGGGGUGUGUUUUGUGUUUGAUUGCUGGGGUGUGUUUUGUGUUUGAUUGCAGGAGUGUGUUUUGUGUUUGAUUGCUGGGGUGUGUUUUGUGUUUGAUUCCUGGGGUGUGUUUGUGUUUGAUUGCCGGGGUGUGUUUUGUGUUUGAUUGCUGGGGUGUGUUUGUGUUUGAUUGCUGGGGUGUGUUUUGUGUUUGAUUGCAGGGGUGUGUUUUGUGUUUGAUUGCUGGGGUGUAUUUUGUGUUUGAUUGCUGGGGUGUGUUUGUGUUUGAUUGCAGGGGUGUGUUUGUGUUUGAUUGCUGGGGUGUGUUUUGUGUUUGAUUGCUGGGGUGUGUUUGAUUGCUGGGGUGUGUUUUGUGUUUGAUUGCAGGGGUGUGUUUGUGUUUGAUUGCUGGGGUGUGUUUUGUGUUUGAUUGCCGGGGUGUGUUUGUGUUUGGUUGCUGGGGUGUGUUUGUGUUUGAUUGCAGGGGUGUGUUUGUGUUUGAUUGCUGGGGUGUGUUUUGUGUUUGAUUGCAGGGGUGUGUUUUGUGUUUGAUUGCAAGAGUGUGUUUUGUGUUUGAUUGCAGGGGUGUGUUUGUGUUUGAUUGCUGGGGUGUGUUUUGUGUUUGAUUGAUGGGGUGUGUUUGUGUUUGAUUGCUGGGGUGUGUUUUGUGUUUGAUUGAUGGGGUGUGUUUUGUGUUUGAUUGCAGGGGUGUGUUUUGUGUUUGAUUGCAGGAGUGUGUUUUGUGUUUGAUUGCAGGGGUGUGUUUGUGUUUGAUUGCUGGGGUGUGUUUUGUGUUCGAUUGAUGGGGUGUGUUUGUGUUUGAUUGCUGGGGUGUGUUUGUGUUUGAUUGCUGGGGUGUGUUUUGUGUUUGAUUGCCGGGGUGUGUUUGUGUUUGGUUGCUGGGGUGUGUUUUGUGUUUGAUUGAAGGGGUGUGUUUGUGUUUGAUUGCUGGGGUGUGUUUGUGUUUGAUUGCUGGGGUGUGUUUUGUGUUUGAUUGCAGGGGUGUGUUUGCAUGUAAUGUUGGCUUUAAAAUGUGGGUGCACAUUUGUGUGUAGUAUUGGUGUUUAAAUUAAGGUGUAUUCGUAUAUAAUAUUGGUGCUUGAUUGCAGGGGUGUCUUUGUUUGUAAUGUUUGUAUUUGAUUGCAGGGGUGUGUUUGCAUGUAGUGUUGGUGUUUGAUUGCUGGAAUGUAUGCACAUAUACACAUAUAUACACAUUAAUAAACAUACAUAUACACACUGACACAUACACACACACACAGAUACACACACUGACACAUACACACACCCUGACACACAGAUACACACACUAACACACCCUGAUACACAGAUACACACACUGACACAUACACACACCCUGAUAUACAGAUACACACACUGACACAUACACACACACAGAUACACACACUGACACAUUCACACACACUGACACAUAGAGACACCCUGAUACACAGAUACACACACUGACACAUACCCUGAUACUCAGAUACACACACUGACACAUACACACACCCUGACACACAGAUACACACACACACACACACUGACACUUACACACACCCUGAAACACACUGACACAUGCACACACCCUGACACACAGAUACACACACUGACACACAGAUACACACACACACACUGACACUUACAUACACCCAGAAACACACUGACACAUACACAUACCCUGAUACACAGAUACACACACUGACACAUACACACACCCUGACACACAGAUACACACACUGACACACAGAUACACACACACACACACUGACACUUACACACACCCUGAAACACACUGACACAUACACACACCCUGACACACAGAUACACACACACACACACACACUGACACUUACACCUUGAAACACACUGACACAUACACACAUCCUGACACACAUACACACAUCCUGACACACAGAUACACACCCUGACACAAACACACACCCUGACACACAGAUACACACACUGACACAUACAGACAGCGACAUGUACAAACACACAGAUAUUGCAUAUAUUUUUCUAUUUUUAGCCACCCUCCUGUUAACAUAUUUUUUACGUGCAGGUAUGUUGGCUUGCUUGGGGUUAUUCUGCUGACUGAGGAUGAUGUGAGUGUGGGGCUGGAGCAGCUCUCUCUCCUUGUUCUCUUCCUCACUGCAGCCUGUGCCUCUUCCUCUUCUCCCCGUCCUGCGCGGCGCUCUACCUGUGUCUGGGAGGAAGUGAGAGGCACUCACUUCCUCCCACGCUGCGGACAGGCAGGUGCCCAGUUGCGCUAUUAAAAGACUGCGGCGCCCGAACGAGCCCUGUUUAGCAAUAUUCAUUGUGUGACUCUAAGUGCACGGGCCACCUGAUAUGCCGCCUUGCUUGAGGGCCGGCUGCAUUAGCAGGAGUUCCGCCACUGCCUGAUGAACCAGGUCAGGGGUUAUUUAAACCAGUGAUGGCUAACCUUGUCAUUCCAGAUGUUUGUAAACUACAUCUCCCAUGAUGCUCAGCCUACCUUCAGGGCAUCGCUUUAUACAUUGAAAAAUGUAACGUGUGGAGAGACACUUAAUAUAACCACUACCACAUUUAAGGGUGCUCUUCCAAAAAGGUACUCCCUCCAAUACCAAUAAAGUAAAUACUCAAAAGAAAGGAAUGCACACCAUCUGAUACAAUAGUAUCUAUCUAUAUAUAUUUAUUACAAUACAAAUACAAGCCAUACAUGCAAAAUGUAACAAUAUAACCGUGACCAAAUAGGCUACACAACUCAACAAUUAUAUUUACCAAAUCCCACAAGCCUAUAUGGGCAGAAACACGAGUCACAAACAAUCCCCCAACGUUUCGGCUCCUCCUGGUAGCCUUUAUCAAGGGUAGCUAUAUCAUAACAUCAUCCAGGAACCCAUUAUAUACACACAUAUACAAAUUACUAUUAUAUACACACAUUAUAUACACACAUAUACAUAUAGUAAUUUGUAUAUGUGUGUAUAUAAUGGGUUCCUGGAUGAUGUUAUGAUAUAGCUACCCUUGAUAAAGGCUACCAGGAGGAGCCGAAACGUUGGGUGAUUGUUUGUGACUCGUGUUUCUGCCCAUAUAGGCUUGUGGGAUUUGGUAAAUAUAAUUGUUGAGUUGUGUAGCCUAUUUGGUCACUGUUAUAUUGUUACAUUUUGCAUGUAUGGCUUGUAUUUGUAUUGUAAUAAAUAUAUAUAGAUAGAUACUAUUGUAUCAGAUGGUGUGCAUUCCUUUCUUUUGAGUAUCGCUUUAUACAUUAACCUCUGUAGAUAUAAAGCUAUAUUCAGCCCCACUGUUCAUCCUUGGUAAAUACAUUUAGCCAAUGUGAGAUCUAGCACGUUUAUAUCAUCUCGGUCUGAUUUGGUUUUUCCUAUCUCUCCCCCUCAGAUGAUUUUGAAUCUCUGUGUAGUAUCUUCAGAAGUCCAGGAUUUGGGAAUCCCGCUUCGUUACCAUCUGAUCCUUACAGUGAAUAUGGACCAGAAUAUGGCCCUCCAUAUGGGAUUCCAUACGGCCCUGAUGCUUAUGCCAACCCACCUCCCAGGAUAGUGAGGCCUGGUUAUGAUGCCUACCCAUCAGCACCUGGGGGUGGUUUGGAAUAUGGCUCUAGAUCAUCAUCAAGCUACGAUCCUCGAGAUUCGUCAUACAGCCUCCCACCUUUUGAGUCACCUGACUUCGAGUCAGACCUUUCUUACCCUGAUCCUGCCAUAGAUGAUCUAAGGCCACCCUACAGAAGGUCAGAUGUUGUAUAUGACCCACGCAGAGGCCAAUCGUCUCCUAUCUCCAGGCCCAGACGUCCAGUCAACACUCCUGGGCAGGGAUCAGAUGAUGGCCGGCGGAGCCAGCCAUGGAGACCUGGAAGUCGGGACACAGAAAGCCUUGCUCCUCAGUCCAACUGGCGUGGAGGCUUGAGGGAAGCAUACGAAGGUAAUUAGCCAAAAAAUAUUACAUGUGUUAUACAGGGUUAAUUACUAAAGUUAGAAUUCAAAGUGAAUUUCACAUUUUAUAAAUGAACCUGGUUACACCACCUGGCUGUCAAUCAUACAACUGUUCCUGUUACUUCCUGGUUUGUUUAGCUCAAUGGAGAUAAACGCAAGAGGACCUGCCUUGCAAAGACUUCUCAUUGAGCUGCAGAAAUUCUGGGCGUGGUUUAAAGGGGAGGCAAGAGAUCUGCAACUUUUAAAAACUGUUUUUAGAUACACCCCAAAUGGAAAAAAUAUGCAUAAUUCAAAUAGGGUAUAAUUACUAAAUUGUUAUAAAAAAAUAAUAUAUGUUCCAUUGUUCAUUUAGAUUUGAAUUCAAUCUGAAUUUACUUUGAAUUAUCACAUUAGUUAAUAACCCUCCAGGUUUGUUAUGUCAAGGAUAGAACAUUAUUUUACUGUAAAAUGUAAUACUGUUUCUCUGGUAAAAUAGGGAAAUUGUCUGUUUCCGUAUAACCAGUAGCAGCUUGAUUAGAGACAAAAUGUAAAAAAUGUCAUUUUUUUCAGCCACCAUUAAAAUGCAGCUUCUAAAGAUGUAGAAGUUAAGCAAAUAGGAGCAAUACUUCAGAAAUUCCCUUCAAAUUCUCAGUUUAGUAAAUAUGCUGUAAGUUGAAUGCAGAUAUUCAUAUUAUACAAUGUAUUCCUAAUACCUAUCCAGGUGUCAUCGCAAUCUCAGCAAAGACUAAACCCACAAUAGGAGUCGCUCUGCUUUCCAUGUUUGUCGUUAGUAAAUGUUAAUCCUACCUGACAUUACGGCUUUAAUGCCACCCUAAUAUUCUGGCACCCCCUCAGCCUGUGCACUGAUCGCAUUAGGGGGACCACAUGACGUUUGUCCUGAUAAAACCUGUAACGUUGACAUUUUAUUUGUAAAGCCAAAUAAAACUCAAGUUUUAUUUUAAAACUGUACUUCAAGUCCCACAAGUGCUUUUAUUACAUAUACUUUAUGUUUGUGGACCACCACCAGGCAUCACUACUCCUGGACUCUGGAGUGUAGGUUCAUGGCAACAGUUUGUAUACAUAUAUAAAACAGCAUAAUGUAUAACAGUGUAUAUAUAAAUUUAUGACAGCCCAGCAGAAAUACCAGAGACUUUAAUUUGUAAACUCUUUAUUUGCCCUGUAACUUUCCAAAACACCAUGAAACCUGUACACAGGGGCAUCAAUGUUCUUGUGAGACAUCACAGUAUACAAAUAUGUGUGUUUUAUUCACAGUUAAAAUGUCAUGCAGAACUUUUUCUCACACUUUUUAAGAUUUUAUUCAUAUUAAAUUAUGUUUUUUUUUGUUUUUUUAAAAACACCUAAUCUAGAAAAAAAUAAUGGAGGUUUAGUUACAUUAUAUGAUCAUACAUUGCAUAAGCCUGCCACACCAUCAACGUACCCCAUUCUUGGCAGGUCCUACACUAACAGCCUAAUGUUUGCUCUUAUGAGAUUAACCCACUUACUUGGGGACGAAAUUCCAUCUGGGGCUCUCUGCAGUACAAGGCUAAAUAGGGCCCUGGGAUGAGGCACCUGUGACAGGGAGGGGUGCAAAACCAAGGAGUUGGCUAGACUCCCAAUAAUAUAUAUAUGAAACCAGGCGGCUGCACUCACCUGAACAUGCAUAAAUGGGGUGCUGCUGGGGGCCAAAUAAUACAAAACACAAGAUCCAGCGCACUUACUUUUCCACUAAACAGCAACUUCAAUGCGGGUGUGGGUGCCCUUAAUAUGAAAGAGGUAAAUUAUGGCUGAACAAACAUAUAGCUCAAACUCUAGGUUUUGUUUUGGUCAAAACUUAGACAAUUGGCUCCGUCCUUAAGGGGUUUACUGUUGUUAAAGGAAAAUGCCGAAACACUUUAGGUUUCUGAACUGCUUUAAGAGCAUGUCCCCUUUCUCUUAUUUUAUAUAACUGCUGAUUUCAAGAGAAAGCAACACUUUUGUAGUCCUUGGUUACAUCUUUUGACCGUCAGCCAGCCAGCCAGCCAGGAGAGUUCCCAUCUUUGCUCCCUCUCAUCAUUUGCUUCAAGCAUAAAUGAGGGCUUCUCGUAGAGUAGGAAUGGUUUUAAUCUUCUCUAUGAGCAGAUAGCGGGCAGCAUAGCCCUAUAUGGUCCUGAAGGCUGCGUGCUGGCAUCUAUUUUGCCCCUUUUCCCAUUAUGGGCAUAGCUAGCGACGCAGGUCACAAUACUGGUGAUGCCUCUUCAGGUCCCCACCCACCCCACCCGAUUAUCCAUCGGGAUUGUUUUAGUUGUAUAUCUGCAUGAUAUCAACCACACAUAACUAUCAAGCAGAUAAUGUCUUGUCUUAACCCCCUCCUGACAUGCCACAGGUGGGGGGCAUGUCCACUAAAUAGCCCUGAGCAAUUGAAUGGAGUAUAAAUAUAAUGAGAAUAGGUGUGAGCUUGUCUCAGGUCCACCUUAACCCCCUACUGCCUAGCAGCAUGAUGGGGAUUGUCAUAGAAGAAAAGGGGCACCAGCCUCUUGUCUCUCCCUGGGCCCCCAAUCAUGGGGGCCUUGAUUAAAGUAACCAAAUGGUUAAUACCCCUACCUGUAGUAGAACUGCAAUUUUUAUGAUGGUCAGCCGGCUUUGCUAGCACUAACAUUUUGAAAACUGGUUGGCUUGAAGAAUGAGCCAAUCAGAGAAGAAGAAAUAAGAUGUUUGAACAUCCAAACCGCUAAUCAGAAUUUCUCUAAAAACUUUAUUCCAAUAGAUUUACCUGCAAAUAGCAGGUGAGUCUGUUUUGAGGAUUCGCCUUGUUCCAGGCAAGAUUCAGUUUCAAUUUGGUGUUCAGUAAAUAUGUGAAGCCUAUGCUUUAUAUAGGAUUUGUAAAUAACCACAUUACAACUGGAUUUUCCUUUAGUAAAAUAUGUGAAUUAAAAUGGAGUUAUUUUAAUCACAUUUUGGCAAUUUAGACCAAGUUCAGUUCUUAGUAAAUAACCUGGUUUGAAUUCACACGUUACUCAGGGCCGGAUUAACAUAGGGGCUGAUGGAGCUGCAGCUGCAGGCCCAGGCCCAUGGAAUAGGCCCAUUGAUUUAAAAAAAAAAAAAUUACACUUUUUCUUUUUUUUUUACACACUACUCUUAGGGUUGUUCACCUGGCCGGUAUUUAUUUGAGGCUGCCUGGCCAGUGCCGAUAUUGCAGUAAUACCAGCAGUACAAAUGCCAGUAUUUUUCUCAGUAUAAACAGAGAUUACUCUGCAAUACCAUUACCGGCCAGUAGGUGUCGCUCUGUGUGUUUGGGGAGAGGAAGGGAUAGAAAGUUACAGCAUAUCUCAGUGUCCCCAUGCAUCUCUCUGCUCACUGAUCCGCAGGGGAGCAGCUACACAGCACAGAGAGUCCAGACAGCAGCUCCGAGCCUGCAGAGACAGACUACAGCUCCGGGAAGUGAGGGAUGGGGUAAAGGCUGCACGGAGACAUGGGGACACUGAGACACUAGGGGACACUGGGAAACAUGGGGACACAUGGAGACCUCUGGGGACGCUGAGACACUUAGGGACACGGGGACACAGACACACUUGGGUACACUGAGACAUGAACACACACAUGGGGACACUGAAACACUAGGGGACACUGAGACCUGGAAACACUGAGACACUAGGGGACACUGGGAGACAUGGGGACACAGACACACUAGGGGACACUGAGACCUGGGAACACAGACACUAGGGGACACUGGGUGACAUGGAAACACUGGGAGACAGGGAGACACUGGGAGCAAUCCAUCUAUACAGCAGAAUCAAACUAAGUAGUUUUUUGGUGAUUUCACAGAAUUUUCUCUGUCACUCCUUAUAAUUUACAUCAUGUGAUGUCACGCAUACAUAAUUAGUUAUGCAAUUUGGCAACCCUGACUACUCUUCACAUAUUCUUGUUUAAGUAUGGAAAUUUAAGAAGCAUAUAUGGAAAAAAAACUUGUGUGGACUAGAUGAAAUGAGUUAAGGUAAUGAUGACUUUGGUCUCUCUAACACUGGCAUGUUCCCUUUCUUCUACACUCACUUCAUCCACCUUUUCUCUGUCUCAGACUGUAUACCAGGAGCUUCUGCCUGCUAGUAAGAAGGUAAGGAGAUAAGUGGACAUGUGAGUGCUAGGGGACAGUCCUAAGAAAGCACGGAGCAAGCGCAUCAUUAGAGGCAUUUAUGCCAAGCUCAGGAUGCUGUUGGCCAGCAUGCAUUCAUGCCAGACUAGCCUUCCAAUUCUUUUUUGGGCAUGUCCAUCCCUUUUGGAAAUUCUGGUUACAUGAUCUGCGUCAGUGGCCCACCCUUUUACAUUGCCCAUUGAUUUCCUGCUUCCGUGGACGCUGCUGUUAGGGGUUAUGGAUUUACUUGAAAGAUGAAAGCAUGAUUUAGAGAGAGAUUAUCAUAUUUUAAGAGAAUCUGAGUUUUUUUUAUAGCUGCGUCCUAUGAGUUUCCCUCCGGCAACAUCUCCACCAGAUACAUAACGCUUGAGAGGUAUGAGUCUUUUAGUGUUUUUGGUCGAUAUGAUUCUGUACUUAGGCCCUUCAUAAUUGUCAGCAGCAGGCCCAAUGGGCUCUUAAUCUGGCUCUGACGUUACUGAAUGCCACUGAUAAGAUGACGUGACGAUGACUAAUCACAGGAAACUUUCCCAAAAAUGGGAUUGUCAUCAGCUCAUCGAUAGCAAGAGAGGUCACCAGUGACAAACAAGUGCAGCCGCAUAGACCUCCAAUAAUAUUAUUCACUAAACUCCGAACUAUAGUGAACUGAAGACUGAAUGGUAAAAUGUAAACAGUAACAGCUGUUUUGGAAAAAUUCUUCAAGUUCGCUUUCACAGCUCGGCUAAUUUACCUUCAAUUUUACAAUUUACUUUCCAGUUCCCAACAUAUCAGUGUUGACUAAAAUGCAAUGUGUUCUACACCAAACAGUCUGUUGGGGGUUAUUUUCGUUUUAUUAAUCAGUUUUUUUAUAUUUUGGGUUUACGUUUGAUUUAUUUUAACCAGGCGCUGCUGUAGCAUUUCUGGGGGUGUUCUGCCCAUACUAUCUUUUUUUUUAGGAGAAUGUUAAUAAAAAUCAGUUUCCUACAUUACAGGAUAACUAGACACUUUUUUGAGUUUAGAAGUUGUUUUUAGUUUUCCUAUUUAAAAAAAAUGCAUUGGUAUUUCAUGUGCUCUUUAAGUUGGGGUCUCUUGACCUAAUUAAAUUAGUGGUGCAUGCUUCUGUUUUUUCCGCAGAUCGAUAUGAGCAGUUUGAGGGUCUGCAAGCUGAGGAGUGCGGCAUUGUUAACGGCUGUGAGAAUGGACGCUGUAUCCGUGUCCCCGAGGGCUACACGUGUGACUGCUAUGAUGGCUACAGGCUGGACAUCACACGGAUGGCAUGCAUUGGUAAAGGACAGAUUAAAAAAAAAUGGGUCUACACUGCAGAUCUCUUAGAGGGAUGUAGAGAAUACAGAGAUACAUUCAAACGAAGGAAAAUGAGUCCAAAGUAAAAUUUAUUUCAGUUUUUAUCUUCCAAAAUAUAGACCGACACGUACCCCGUCUCCUUCCUGAAUGCUGGUAGUCGGCUUAAAACCUCUCUCUGUCAUAUUAUUUUCCAGAUGUUUUAGAGCAUUCACAACUAAAUUAUUUCAUUUUGGUGUUUAUUCACAAAACAUUGAAUUGAAAGCCCAAUUGCAAAACUGGAAAAUAGCUGAUUUGGGGAAAAGAAAUAUCUCCAGUACAACUAGAGUUUGGCUAAUUUAUCCCGGAUUCUGCUAGUCAGUUUAACGUUCACUAAAAUUUGUUGUCUAGUAAAAUUCUUAAACCAUGGCUAGCCGGGUCAGUCAUGACUUUUUGUAGAUAAAUCACCUGAAAUGUUGUUGUUUUUCUAGCAGAUUGGAAUAAUUCUGAUACUAAUUUAACAGAUUAAACUAAGGCCUAUAAGGGAGCUAUUCUUGCUUUUUCCCAAUUUUGUUUCAUCUAUCUAGCUACACUGAGUACAAGUUGGGCCAAUCACUCCUACUCCGACUCCUUUCCAAUCAGUAACUAUGAGCUGGUCUGAUUCAGGCAUAAACUGUAGAGGAAUUAUUUUAGGUUAAAUGAGAUAUUCUCAGCAUCUGACAGUAGGAUAUAAACUCAUUAAACUCUUUCUUUCUAGAUAUCAAUGAAUGUGAUGAAGCGGAUGAUAUGUCUCUCCUGUGUCUGAACGGGCAGUGCCGUAACACUGAUGGAUCGUACGAGUGCGUCUGUCCCCGCGGCUUUGUUUUGUCGCGUCAGCAUAACUACUGCAUUCCCUCUCAGCACUGA